GCAGAGAGAUCCUCAUUGUUUGCCACUUCCAGUUUCCAGUAAUGGGAAUGAUUACUUGACCAAUAUCUAGCCAGUUGGUGUUAGGGUCCUGGAAAACAUAGCUGCUCACUUCUACAGUGAAACUGCACUGCCAGACCUUUUACUUUCAGAAAAUAAACUGAAAGUUCUUCAUAACUGAAGGUCCUUGAAGGAGGGAGCUACCAGAACUAAUGACAAUUUCUUCAUUUUGGAGUCUCAUGUCUGCUUUCCGAUGACGAGAUGUAUUGUGUUUUGCUGCUAACCUUCUUGCACUGUAAGUUAAGGGCUGAGCAUCUCAAUUUUUUGUAAAAAAGCAAAACAAAACCCUUACUUUUAUACUUUUUUUUUACAAUGUUCCUUUUGCUUUUCCAGGCUGCACGCUGAAAGCUCAAAGUAAUGGUAAGUCUCCAACUUUUUAAAUUGUAUGUUUUUUGCAGUCUAAAGACUUAUGGGGUUAUUGGGGUUAAGUAGAUAAACAUUGGUAGCUCUAGAUUUGUAUGUAUGUAACAGAAGAACUUUGUUCCGGUAGAAGUUCAAAUGAGUUCUAUGAAUUUUUUGACAGGACGCGUAGAAUUACGGUAUAUAUGCCUUGUUCUACCUAUCUAGUUUAUGGGUAUGUGAUAUCUGCUGACUGAGGUCACAUGUGAUAAUCCAAAAUGGUUGGUGUAAUUAUCAGCCUGAAUCGUAAUACUUCAUUGAAGGGGAACUUUAGCCGUAUACCCAAGGCUGGCCAAAGAUAGGUUCCUACUUCAGCCUAAGGACAAAACGCUGUGCCCCUCCACCCCACCCCACAUACAGAAAUUGUUAGUAGCAGAAGCUGAAUCUUACCUCAAUGUUGGUGCUGCGACAGCAUUCUCCAAACCUGCAACCACAAACUAAAUAAGGGGUACCAUUUUUUUAUAGUUCAAAAAACUCCCUGCUGUGUUCUCUCCUUAACCUGUUCCCCAUAAAUCAUCUCUCUCUCUCUGCUGUAUCAUACUCUUAUCUUUUACCUCCUCUCUUUGAACUCUCCCCAUCCUUCUCUCCCCAGUACACAUUCAAACUUUCAUUAUCCAGUGCACAUCACCACAGGUCCGCACCCCAUCUUUCAGCUACUCCCCUUUUCUCUUUUUCACCACCUGAAGGACUUUCCGAGCCAUGUGCCAGUUCCCCUUUACUUUUUUUGUCCUCACUCCCCACCCCACCAAUUCUCCUUGCUGAGUUCAGAAGGAGUAACUCCAAAACAUGAAUACUCCCAACAGUUCAAAUACUGGUGCCAGUUGGCUGUUUGCAGCAGGUUGCAAAUGAUGCCACCAGUGGCCAACAUCACCGUACAGUGGUACCUCGGGUUACAUACGCUUCAGGUUACAUACGCUUCAGGUUACAGACUCCGCUAACCCAGAAAUAGUGCUUCAGGUUAAGAACUUUGCUUCAGGAUGAGAACAGAAAUUGUGCUCCGGUGGUGCGGUGGCAGCAGGAGGCCCCAUUAGCUAAAGUGGUGCUUCAGGUUAAGAACAGUUUCAGGUUAAGUACGGACCUCCGGAACGAAUUAAGUACUUAACCUGAGGUACCACUGUGAAUCUAAAGAGAAGGGGAGCAAUGCAGAUGAUGUAACGCAGCAAUUCUUUCCUUCCUCCUCCAUGUUUGGUUGGCCAUGGAGAGCCGUAUAGGGUAGCCAUUUUCACCUCAUCACAAUAAAAAGAGGAAACAGGUCACCCAAAGAAGAGGCAAAAGGAGGGCGCAGAUUUACAUAAAGUAUGCAUAGAAUCAUUUGUAUAAAUGCAAUAGAUUUAGACAUUUAAAUAGGAUUUCAGCACUUCUCACCAUAGUUGGGAAGACUGUGACCAGGUGACCUGUGUGCCUACUCAUUUUGCUGGUCAAGUGCUAAAACACAGGGUCACCUGCAAGGAAGUGAAAAGAAUCACAAGUCAUUUAGAAUUCCACCAGCAGGCCGCUGGAAGUCAGGAAGGAUGGGCCUAUGGGAUGUGGGCCUGAUUUAAGGCAUUGCCUACAAUGGCACCAUCAACAUUAUGUCUUGUUCCAAAGGUUAUCACAACGACACGCAAAAUAACAGAGAACCAUGCUAGUUAUUAAAAUACAAGCAUACACAAUAAAACAGCAGCUCCUAGCCUAUUCAGUUUACCAUCAGUUCAGUGGGUCCCCUUUCAGUUUUAUCACAGUACAUUGAAGUUAAACCUUGUAAGUAUUUGGGCUGCUAACAAUGAUAAUAUAUUUCAAAGGGAGUAAGACGGACACGGACACUGCAUUAUUUUGGCACCAGAUUAAGAUGCUUUUAUUUGCCCAGACUUAAAAAAUGUAACAUAUAGCCUUAGCUGGCUAGAUCAGUUGUUGUUGUUUCUAUGGUUUUAUUGUGGUGUUUUGAUUUUUUUAAAUGUUGUAUUGAUAUUAGGGUUUUUUUUGUUCACCAGCUUGCAGUUGGUGUACAAAAGGUGCAGUUUAGACAAUUUUCAAUUUAUGAAAGGGGCAAUGAGAUACAUCCUUGGGGUAUAAUGUUCUGCACUCCCUCCUAUGAGGACUUUAGGUGUAAAUAUGUGUAAAAUAAACCAUAGUUCUUAAAGACGCUAACCUCUGCUGUGCCUCAAUUUUCCCAAUGCAAACACAACCGUGGGUGAGCUCCUGGAACCCCUUGGAUUUUGCUUCUACUUGGCAAAUUCUACUAAUUUUUUUCAAUUUAGAUAUUCAAAAUAAAUUUCAGCAGUCAUUGAUAACUUUUGCCCUCUGAAAUGAAGACUGAAAUGACAUGUAACAGCAGCCAGCCUGUUCAUUUAAACUUGGCCAGGCUCAAUGACAUAGAAAGAAGGAGGAUUCGGGUUUUUAGAGAAGAGCUAAAUCAUCGUUGUGCCUACUGCUGAUUUUGAUGGAACUGCAACCCGCUCCCCCUACACACACAUACCAAAGCAUGUUUUUUCUCAGCUGGGUUCACUGUGUGGAUGAGAGCCUAGUUGGAAAUGUGACAACCGGGAAAUGCUUUGGGGAAGUAAACCAGAGUUUUAUCACACAUCCCACCUACCUACCCUUUUUGCUCUAAAAUGUAGGUUCCCCCACACCCGAUUUAUACUGUUACAAAAGUUGUGCAUUGCUCAGUCAGCAGAGCAUGAGACUCUUAAUUUCAGGGUUGUGGUUUUGAGCCCCGUGUUGGGCCAAAAAGAUCCCUGCAUUGCAGGGGGCUGGACAAAGGUGAUCCUUGUGGUCCCUUCCAACUCUGCAAUUCUACACUCCCAAUCUCUGCCAAGUAGUAGCAAAAUUCUCAACCACCCUCUUCACUAGGUCUUCCUUUCCUCAACUAUGGGCAAAACUAGGCUUUAUUUCACCCGGGUCAAAGACCCAGUUUGGCACACCUACACCCAUUUGCGUACACACACAGAGAGAGGGGGGCUAGGAGCCUCAAUGGCACCCUUCUGGAGGCUUCAUCUGGGGCAAAAAUCCCAGCUACCCACCCUCAAUAACUACAGCACUGCCUCAACUACUUAUCUUCUCUGCUCUUGUUUUACUCAGAUUUUUGCCUUGCAAUUAGCCUUCCCUAAGGUGGCUUCAGCUUACAGCACUGCCUACUCCAGCACUGCCUUCCUUUAUCCAUUCUGUCUCCACUUCUAAUCUUCCUUACAUUCCUGGAGUACUUCCUCCUUAGCUUCCAAGCCCUCAGCCCAUCCAUAUUUCCUCACCGUUCCUAGGCCCUAUAUGUGUUUUAAAUAGCUUUUUAAAUUGUUUUAUCCCUUCUUGUUUGAUGGCAGGCCGGGCUCCUUUGGGAGGAAGGGUGGCAUAUAAAUUUAAUAGAAAAAUAAAUACGAGUUUUGAGUUCCAGGCAAACUAACAACUUUCCCUUAAAGAAGUCAAAACCAAACAUUAUACAACUUAGUUCAUAGAAUAAAUGACAUUAUAAUAGCUCAGCGAAUUGCUGCCAGAGGUUUCAUCACAAAAGUCAGCAGCACUUUACAUUAUACAGUGCUGUGAGUUCGCAAGGAGUUUGCUAUGUGCAUAGGGGGGAAGGCUCUGAGACAAAGGACUCUGAGGCAGAGCCUUAAUUUUGUAGAUAAGGGAAGCAAGCUAUUAUCAGGCAGAUCACAGCCUCAGAGAGGAAAUGUAUCAUUUUGUGGACCUGCUGCAGCCACUAGAUAAUCUGUUGAUUAAGAAUGAAAUUUUAUACCAGUUUUAGGCUGCAAUCCUAAAUACCCUUACUAUGAAAUAAGUCCCACUGAACAUAGUGAGACUUACGGCACAAUUUAUGUGCAUCUACUAUGGAGUAUCUUAGCUCAUCCAACCCUGUUUUACAAAGUUCAGUUGCUGAUCACUCCUGCAUGGCAGUUUAUUGUGAACUCAGUGCUGCUUGUGCUUUCACAUUUUGUGCAGCAUCACAAAACAUCAUUCUCAUCAAAAUGCUUUCCCAUAUUAUUUACAAUUUCCAUGGAAAAUCUGAUAACUAAAAAGGCUUUGGAGAAAUGGUGAAUCUGGAAUAAAUAAAUUUCUUUGAUCAAUAAAUUGCGAAAAGGUAGCGUACCUGAGCAGCACUGAAGCUGGGAUAAACUCUCGCCAAAAAAACUGCUACCUGUCUUUGGAAGGUGAGGCCUUUCAGGUAUCGGGAGAGAAAGCAAAAUAGUGUCAGGAAGCACUGGGAUACAGGAAUCCACAUGACCGUUGCAAAAAUCAGAUGCAGGAUCAGCCGUGUUCAGGAUCAGGAGUCCAUUUGUUUCCAUUGUGCACUGGUGUAGAUUUGUGCUUUAUUUGUUAAAUUAUCACUGAUAUGCCAAAAUGGCUUCCAACUGCAAACUCAAUGAAACAUAAUGAAAAUGCAAUAAAUCAAUAUUUUUAAUAUUAAAAUUAAAAAAGGAAAUACACAAUAACAGUUCCAUUGGGUGCUAAAACGCCGUUAACUAAAAUAUAAAAUAAAGCAAAAAUUUAAAAAGCAUGACAAUGAAAACAUAACAGGUUUUUUUUAAAAAACAACAACAACAGUUAAAACAAUAACAUCAAAAAUUCAGUUACGGGAAUGCUUGAACUGGGGUAUUUUCAGGAGCCGGCAGACUGCCAACACUGAUGGGGUUUCUUCUUGUGUUUUUAAUAAGUACUGCAAAAUGUGCUCUCACUGAAAGGGAAGGAAACCCUGCAGUGCUUCUCCUAAACUUUCACCAUCAUCUUCUUCAUCAUCAAGGCUACUCUAUAAGUCAGUGAUAUUUAUUAUUGUCAAAAAGACUAACAAUCUUAUAACUUUUCGCAGACAUCUGAAGGCAGCCCAGUUUUGGAUUUUGAAUCAUGUUUUCUGUUUGGAUGUGUUCCUUUAUACUUUGUACUUUAUACCAGGCAUAGGCAAACUCGGCCCUCCAGAUGUUUUGUGACUACAAUUCCCAUCAUCCCUGACCACUGGUCCUGUUAGCUAGGGAUCAUGGGAGUUGUAGUCCCAAAACUUCUGGAGGGCCAAGUUUGCCUAUGCCUGCUUUAUACUGACUGAAGCAACCCAGUCAGAUGGGUGGGAUACAAUACAUUUAUUGUUAUUGUUAUUACUUAACUCCUUAUCCUGCUUUCUGCUCCUGCAUAGAGGGUAUGUGUACCAACCAAUCGCAUGCUUUGUUUCUCCUUUAGCCAUCAUGGACUCCAUAAAGAUAGCGAAAUAACUUGGCACCUGGGGCAGCCUGAGAGGGGGGAAGGGAGCUUUUGACACCUAUAAUUCUCCAGUUCCACCCACUGCUUCUGUUGGGAUGGAAGAAGGUGUCGUACUUUUGACUGGAUGAGGAAAGCACCCCCUCUAAAACAUCUGUCUGGUGACUCUUUACUUGGGAGUACUGUGUCCCAUGGUGCUGUGGUGGUGCGGGUGGUGCUGUGGGUUAAACCACAGAGUCUAGGACUUGCCGAUCAGAAGGUCAGUGGUUCAAAUCCCCACGACGGGGUGAGCUCCUGUUGCUCAGUCCCUGCUCCUGCCCACCUAGCAGUUUGAAAGCACAUCAAAAUGAAAGUAGAUAAAUAGGUACCGCUCCAGCAGGAAGGUAAACGGCGUUUCUGUGCACGGCUCUGGUUCGCUAGAAGCGGCUUAGUCAUGCUGGCCACAUGACCCGGAAGCUGUACGCCGGCUCCCUCAGCCAAUAAAGCGAGAUGAGCGCCGCAACUCCAGAGUCGGCCACGACUGGACCUAAUGGUCAGGGGUCCCUUUACCUUUACCUUUACUAUGUCCCAUUGUGGACGGCCCCACAGUUUAGAAGGAUAUUGGCAAACUAGAAUGUACCUAGAGGAAAGUCACAAGGAUGGUGAGGCGCCUGAAGGUUGCACCCAGUGCUCUUCUCACUCAGCGUGGACCCACUGAAGUUAAUGGACCCAAAUUAGUCACAAGACUAACUGUAUUUACAAGAGCCCUGGCAAAAGGCACCAUCUUAGAAGAGGCAUUCCUCCUCCUCCUCCUCUCUGCCAGUGGAUUAUAAAUUGUCACUAACAUUUCUCCUCCUUUCCAGUGUUCACCAUCAAUAGCGUGACACUCCGUGUUGCUCCAUCUGUGGAAGUGAAUAAUGGAGAGUCGGUCACCCUCAACUGCUCUGCGGACAUCAGCAAGAGCGAACAAUUCCAGAUGAAUUAUACUUUUUCAUUUAUCAAGUAUGGACUGCUUCUGGUCAAUAGUUCAUCAGAGCAAGAGUGGGCAGAUUAUACAAUCCCAACGGCUAGAUUUUCUGAUUCUGGAGAGUAUAGCUGUGCGUUGGAUGUGGAAGGGAAGAAAAAGGCCAGUGGUACUGUGGCUGUUCAAGUACAUGGUGAGUGCUUCGUAUUCAUCCUCCCUAUGUUUUCUCUAAUAUGACUGUAUGCUAAAAUAGCACCAUUGCUUAUAUCAGAAGUAGCUGAUCUGUGGUCCUGGACAAUCAACCCCAGCCAGAAUGACCAAUGGCCAGGAAUGAUGGGAGCUGUAGUUCAACCAGUUCUAGAGGACCACAUGUUGGCCAAACCUGGUUAAUGCAUAUGAAAUAUUGACCACUACAUUCUCAAUCUACCUUUGUGUAAUCAUUCCCUCUACCACUGACACUCUUUCUUUUGAUUUCUCUGUUGGUGUCCUUCCCAAUUAUCUCCUUGGUCCUCUACUCUUUUUCUGUUUAGUUUCAUUAUAUCGUCUCUUAGCAUUAAUAUCAUUUUUGCUCAGCUGACCUUCAGCUCCCCCACCCCUGCUUCUUCUGUUAUUUUCUCUCAAUUUCUCACCAUCGUUUCUUCACAUCUUCCUGCAGUUUCUUUCUGGAUGUCCUGUCACUGCUUAAAAUUCAGUUUAUAACUGGGUUUCACCCCCCCUAAUUUCUACCUUGCUCUCAAUCUAUCUCUCCCCCUGCUCUCUCAACAACUUUGCUAUUUCCCCCUUUCCUCCCUUCUUUGCUUUUUUGCUUUUGUUUACACAUAUGGCCCUCCAGAUGUUGUAGGACUACAACUACCAUCCUCCUUGACCAUUGGCCAUGCUGACUAGGGCUGAUGGGAGUUGAAGUUCCACAGCAUAUGGAGGACCACACUGGUUCCCCACUUCUCGUUUAAAGUAUUUCUUAUUUGCCUUUCAGUAUUAAGUUUUCCCCCCAUCAAGGGACCUUCCAACAAUAAAAGCAUAAUCAGUACAGUGGUACCUCAGGUUACGAACUUAAUUCGUUCUGGAGGUCUGUUCUUAACCUGAAACUGUUCUUAACCUGAGGUACCACUUUAGCUAAUGGGGCCUCUCGCCGCCGCCGCACAAUUUCUGUUCUCAUCCUGAAGCAAAGAUCUUAACCCGAGGUACUAUUUCUGGGUUAGCGGAGUCUGUAACCUGAAACGUAUGUAGCCUGAUGUGUAUGUAACCCGAGGUACCACUGUAAUUACAAAUAAAAUCACAACAAAGAAAAGUCAAUACGAUUGAAUACUAUCAAUAAAACAAUAGUAGCAGCAGCUAUAAAUAAGUAGAGAUUAUGUCACUCAUUAAAAGGUUGGGAAAAUAAAAAAUGUUUUGAUUCAGUGCCUAAAACCUAGUCAUCCAGGGCUGGCUAUGAGUCACAGUGAGGUGACAGCUUAGGGUGGCAGGAUCCACAGGGGCAACAUAUGAUGUUGAUCUUUAUUCUCUGCCUUGUAGAUCUUCACUCACCCCUUCUUCCCUGGCAGGGAGCAGGGUGCGAUUUUGUGGUUUGCCCCAGGUGCCAAAAUGUUUUGAGUUGGCCCUGUAGGCACCAAAUGAGUAUCUCUGGCAUCACCUUACCCCAUAUAUGACCACCCGACCACUUUGAUCUGUGGAACUGGCACUGUUACAUGUGCCACAUAAUGCUCAUUCCACACUUGUAAGAAAUCAGUAUUUGGGUGUGGCAGCACUUACACUUUGGAACUCCCCACCUAUUGAAACCAGUCACAUGCCUUCACUACUCUUUCUCUUUCCUGCUUAAAAUAUUUGUGUUUGGCCAAGUGGUAAACCUAUCCAGACAUUUCAAUUUAGAUUCGUCUAAAUCUGUUUUUAGCUUAUUAAUUAGUUUGGAAUGUUUUUGAAUGCCUGUUUUUAAUUGUCUUUAAUCAAUAAUUUUAAUGUAUUACUUUUUUUGUAAACUGAGGUUUUAUUCCAAUCAAGCAGCAUAUUAAUUUUGCUAGAAAAAAUUAAAGACUUGGGACAUCACAGAAAAGGCCCUGUCUCCAGUCAUCAUCUGCCAUCCUUCUUCAAUUUACAAAUAUGAUCCAGGGGAAAAAUGCUUACCUUCUGACUGUGUCUUCCCAGAUGCACUAAUAACUCUAUUUUCAGUUUAUGUCUACAUAAACUCACCUUUUAAGGGUCUUAUUCAGAUAAGGGGAAGCAACAUCUGAUCAGGCCCCUAUAUUGUAUCCAGUGUUUUUGUCUCUUUGUCGAUUUCACCAGAUUUAUAGCACAACAGUACUGCUGAGCAACCCCUUUAUGAGACAGGCUUGCUUGCUCCCUCCCUUAUUAUAUGUCAUGCUUAAAUUCUACUCAGUACAUGCUGUGUUAUCUUUACUUAGAUUAAUAUGAAAAAUGGAAAAUAAAAGAGAAACUUGUCUAGUCCUACAACUGACUGGAUAGUCUUGUGUUUUCUGCUGUAAAGGGGGAAAGUAGGGCUUGAAAGGUAGAAUUCAUUUGCAAGUGGAUCCCAAAAGACUGAGUUACAGGAGGGUUCCGCUUCAAAAUGAUCAGGAGGCACUGUUUUAAACAUGUAGGCAAACCCUUUACUUGGGAUUACCUGUGUGUUUUGAUUAUGAAACAUCAAUGUUGCCCACUCCAAAAAUUUUUGUAGGCUUUUCUGGAAGAAAAAAAAAAAUCUCCCCCAGCUGCUCUUUGCGCUGAGAGUUCUGUUUUUUGGUGAGAAACUGGGAUGGGGAGAGAUCUAGAUCCAUGUGCCUGCACCUGCUCAGUGGAGGAGCUUCAUGCUCCGGCACCGGGGGGUGAAGAGCAGGUGGGGCUAGCGCGCAUCCGGGGGCAUGGCGCACUGCCUGUAGGGACAUGGCAUGCGUCCUGGGGGCAUGAUGUGCCACCCAUAGGGGUGUGGCGCCCAGCGUGGGCGGGGGGCAGCCGCGAUGGCACCCCGAUGGGAUCGCGCUGCCGGGGGCGGUGCGCUCCCCCGGCACGCCUCUUCCUCCGACAGUGCACCUGCUUUCUCUGUAAAAGAUAAAGAAAAAAGGCACCAGCAAUCCCAUCCAAGGGGUAUUUAAAGUAACACCUAGUUUCCACCUCAGAUAAGCAUGUUCUGAUGCACAUCUCAUGUUUGUUUUUGUUUCAAAAGGAAUAAGGAAGCCCAUUCUGACUGCCGAGAAAACAGAGGUGAUGGAAGGCGAAACUGUGUCUUUAAGUUGUAAAGCACCAGAAGAAAAGGCCCCAUUUUAUUUGAAAUUUUAUAAAAACCACCAGCGUGACCCUGAACAGCAGUGGGAGAGGCAUGCAAUUACAGAAAACUUUGCCAAACUGGAAUAUCAAAUUAACGCGGGGGACACCAUUUUGUUUUUUGAAUGUGAGGUCCAUAAGACUUUGGGGGCUCGAUCUGAGAAAUCAGAGCGCAGUGACAAAAGAAUUGUAACUGUCAUUGGUAAGUUGGUCAGUUUUUAACCUUUAUUGUCAUACCUAAAUAUUUAAAUAAUUACUCCUGCAUGUGUAAAAGGAUUUCUAGUCAAAAGCAGGUGUAGGAAUGAAUGGCAAACUACCAAAAGUAAAUCUUAUACCAUCUGUGCACAUGUUGUUUUAUUUAGGCUUGGUUUAAAUAUAUAUAUUGGUUCCGCCCCCCCCUUCUGUUGCAGAACCGUUUUCCGUUCCCACCUUAACCGUCCACCCACCACAGAACAUUACAGAAGGAGAUCACCUGCGUGUAGACUGUACAACCAUCGCACGUCACCAGGAUCGAAUCAAAAUUGAGAUGAUAAUCCAGAAGAACAAAACGAUUCUUAACAGCACAAAGUCUGGUCCGUCUGUGCAGUACUCUAAAGUAGCCACAAUGGAAGACAAUGGCAAUUAUAUGUGUAAAGUGGAACUUGGGAGCGUGUCCAAAAUCAGCACAGUAAAUGUUGUGGUGGCAGGUAAGAGCUUUCUCUCUCUUGUGCGAAUUCACACACAUGCUUUUAUUUGUACUAGGUCUGGACUUGUAUGAGUAUCCAGGGUUGGAAUAGCUAAAGAUCUAGAUUUAUAAACAGAAAGAUGAAAGUUCUGGUCGCAGUUGCUUUGGAUGAAGGUGAUUGAGAGAGGGGCAGCAGUAUAGGGGAAUACCAUAUUGGCCUGAAUAUAAGCCUCCCUCCCCUCCCCCAAAAAAUUUCUGACUUUGAAAAGUUAAAGUGCAGCUUAAAUUCACAACCUUACCAAAAUUGGCUUUUAUGAUAUCGCUGCUGAAACAGACAUACGGUAAAAUGGAACGGGUGUGAGUGCCUGCGGAAUUUUAAGGGAGCAGCUUAUAUUCAGGUAUUUUUUUUUCUUUUCUUUUCCCCCCUUGAAUUUUAAAGGUGCGACUUAUAUUCGGGUGCGGCUUAUAUUCAGGCCAAUACGGUAGGUGCAUCGUCCUCCCCCACCCCACCCCUAUUUGCACACUCCAAAUUGUCGUACCUUCCUUGUGGCUUCCCUCCUGUGGUAUUUCGAUUGCAAUUGGGGGAAAGGGUAGUAGCCGAUCGCACAGUUCCAUGUACUUGUGUGUAAUGUGUAAUCUGGCCUUAAGGCAAGCUGCAGCCAUGUGCAGGCAAUGCGGUUCAACCCAAAGGUUAUGUAUAAUCUCCACUAAUAAAUCAGUUCUGUUUAUCCAGCUGAAGUCUGAAGACUUUCCCCCCCAAGGGUUUAGCAGACAACGCAACUAGUUUAGGGACUAUUUCAAAUAAAGCAAUAGACCCAAGAGUGCUUUUUAGAAAUCUCACAUAAGUUACACACCUACGAGUAAUUGCAAUGUAGUCAGGCCUGCUUCUAAUUUGAUUCAGGCCUUGCCACGCUGCAAGGGGAGAAUUUCAAUCACGUUUAAUGUCUGAUGCGCUAUUACUGUUCAAUUAUAGCUGCUGAUGUAUGUCUUUAGAGCAGGGGUCAGCAAACUUUUUCAGCCGUGGGCCAGUCCACUGUCCCUCAGACCUUGUGGGGGGCCAGACUAUAUUUUUUUGGGGGAAAAUGAACGAAUUCCUAUGCCCAACAAAUAAUCCAGAGAUGCAUUUUAAAUAAAAGCACACCUUCUACUCUUGUAAAAACACCAGGCAGGCCCCACAAAUAACCUAGAGAUGCAUUUUAAAUAAAAGGGCACAUUCUACUCAUGUAAAAACACGCUGAUUCUCGGACUGUCCACGGGCUGGAUUUAGAAGGUGAUCGGGCCGGAUCUGGCCCCCGUGCCUUAGUUUGUCUACCCAUGCUUUAGAGUUUUAGAAACAACUGUGUUUUGCAAGGAUGCAUUAUGUACUUGGUGCCUUAGUGUAAAGACAAAAAAAUGUAAACGCUGAACUGAAAAACUAACAAACUAAAACCCAAACUUUUACAGUCAUCUAAACAAAUGAGUAGGUGAAUGAACAGGUCCAUUUGUAAUAAAAGAGCAAAAAUUAAUCAUCUUGACUACACACAGCAUGGCAUGGCAUCUCCUGAAAAUUAGAAAUGGAAGGGGCAGGAAAAGCUGUGAAGUGAAUGUUCAUACUGUGCAUGAUUUGUGACAUUACUGAGCUGUGUGACAUUAAACAGCAUUUUUCGUAUAACUUGUUGAAACACUUGUCAAUUAGUGAUGCGUUGCAAUGUAACAUGGCACUUUCAUACAAGCAAGAUCAGUCUGAGUUUAUACCAUGUGUAUUCAAUAAGUAGAGGGUACUUUUAUCUUAUGGGACGCAGGUGGCGCUGUGGGUUAAACCACAGAACCUAGGACUUGCUGAUCAGAAGGUCGGCGGUUCAAAUCCCCGCGACGGGGUGAGCUCCUGUUGCUUGGUCCCUACUCCUGCCAACCUAGCAGGUUGAAAGCAUGUCAAAGUGCAAGUAGAUAAAUAGGUACCGCUCUGGCGGGAAGGUAAACGGCGUUUCCGUGCGCUGCUCUGGUUCUCCAGAAGUGGCUUAGUCAUGCUGGCCACAUGACCUGGAAGCUGUAUGCUGGCUCCCUCGGCCAAUAAAGUGAGAUGAGCGCUGCAACCCCAGAGUCGGUCAUGACUGGACCUAAUGGUCAGGGGUCCCUUUACCUUUUUACUUUUAUCUUAACACAUGUAAGGAAUUCCAGACCUUGAACUGGAAAUCUCAUGGUCUGAGUCUCAGGCUUGGCUUUUUUUAGGUGCCUGGGACUAUAUAGACCUCUGAGGUCCCCCACCAAUAUUGAACGAUUGCCUAUUUGUUAUAUUAUAAAUGGAUCACGUAGGAAGGCACUAGAUAGAUAACUUGUUUGUUCCCCACAUAUCUUUUGCAGAACUGUUUUCCAAGCCGAUUCUAGUUCAUAAUCAAACAAGAUGGGAUGAAAACAGUUUGUUACAAAUUGAAUGUCGAGUUAACAGCUCACUGCCAAUACAUUUCUCAGUCAUAAAAGACGACAGAGUAGUGGCAAGCAGAGAUGUCUAUACUGUUACCAAGGUCCGUGUAAGCGACACUGGAGUCUAUGUUUGUCGAGCUGAGAUAAAUGAGAUUGCCAAGGAGAGUGCCCCUGCGCGGCUACAUGUUUAUGGUAAGUUGAUUGAGAAAUAUGAAAGUCUUUCAUCUGAUGAAGCGAUAUAGUAGAAUUAUUUGCAGAAUGGCGGCUUUCCUGGGUAUGCUCACUAAUUAGGAUAGGUGAUGGCCCCAGCAAAAGGGAGAUCAGUAGCCCUACUCAGACAAGAAGGCAAGGUAAAGCAGCAUCAGCAACAUGGAGAGGGGUCUAAGUAUGGGUUUCAAGGAGCACAGCUAGCGAUCCUGCAGCUAGGACAGGCCACACAAGUCGUCUCAGUCUCAGCAAUGCCCUGGAUAGAUAGAUAAAACUUCAUUCGUAUUAGCCAAUGGCCAUAGCAACAAUAAAACAUUACAAUAUAUGCAGAAAGAGAAAUUUGAUAUAAGAGCACAAUUUAAAGUCCUGAAUCAGCAGUCAGUUUAUGGCCCUUAUUCUGACUGCCCCUGCUAUGAACCUAGCAACCGUUGCUGUUAUCUGCUCAUUUUGAUCUGAUAGAAGAAAGGACAUUGUGGCAGUGGUUAAGCGCCAUGGGAUGGUUAGUACGAGUGGGGUGAUGAUCUCAUUCCUCAGGUCUUUGUAGAGAAUGCAAGACAGGAGGACGUGUGCCACUGUUUCGAUGCUACCGUCUCCACAGGGGCAAAGACGUUUCUCAGGCGGGAUCUUUUGGAAUCGACCCUCAAGUACUGCAGAUGGCAAAACAUCCAGUCUUGCAAGUGUAAAAGCACGUCUGUAUUUUGGGAUAAUAAGUUUGUGCAGAUAUGGGGCCAGAGAAUCAAAAUGGAGAGGUGGAAAAUGAACAUACCAAGGACAGAAUUUCCUUAUACAGUGGUACCUUGGGUUAAGUACUUAAUUCAUUCCGGAGGUCCGUUCUUAACCUGAAACUGUUCUUAACCUGAAGCACCACUUUAGCUAAUGGGGCUUCCUGCUGCUGCCGCUCCGCCGGAGCACGAUUUCUGUUCUCAUCCUGAAGCAAAAUUCUUAACCUGAAGCACUAUUUCUGGGUUAGCGGAGUCUGUAACCUGAAGCGUAUGUAACCCGAGGUACCACUGUAGUGGCCAGGUUGUUCUGAUAUCUUUUAGACGUUGACCAAUUAGACUGUUUGCUUUAGUAGGGCCCAUAGUGACUAGGUGUUGUGGGGAUAGGCCACGAGAGUGAAGUUUUUGAUAGUUUUUGAUAGACGGUUUCAAGCCAAUGUCCUGGAUCAUUACAGCCUGGGCUAGGUGUUCAGGUACUCAAGGCCCCACCUCUUGAAAACUGCAUCCGGCCCCAUGCAAGACUGGUGCUUUCUCUGCAGCUGUUAGCUGCUUCUAGGCCCUGGGGUUUCAAGCUGUUGGUCUCUCUCUGUGGACCAAUCAUCAGCAUGUGGUGGCAGAGGUGCCUUCUCAGGGUUUCAGAGGAGAUGUGGGCUGUGGAGGCUGCAUGUCCACAUUUUUACAGUGCUCUUCAGUCAAAUAGGCUCCCACAGCAACUCACAAAGAGCAAUAAGAAUUAGGCUUACAAUCUGAAAAAGGAAAAGAGGGGUUGUUAAUGGUACAGGAACCCAACUCCCCUUUACUGCUCACAGGUGGGUUAAGAUUACCGGUAGUUUCUUUCAAUGAACUGUGUAUGGCUUGAGAGUGAACACCAAAACCCACUGCAGCCUACAUUCCUGUUGAGGGCCAGCCAUGCUAGGAACAGCACAAAGACCUGAGAUCCCUUGGGUUUCUUCUGACAUCAUCAGCUCUAUCUCAGGUGGCAUUCAGCCUGCAUCAGUCCUAAUAAUACUGUGCUGAUAUUAUUCAUCAUAAUCACCUCUACAAAUGAGAGCUGGAAGAGUAGUGUGCUUUAUCAGGGUUUAGCCUCGGGAGUUGUUUUCAAAAAAAUGAGCCAUAUUUCCUGUAUCAUCAGAUGUCAAGGAAAUAAGCAACUAUCCUAUUUUUAAAAGACAUCUGAAAGCAGCCCUGUUUAGGGAAGUUUUUAAUAUUUAAUGCUGUAUUGUUUUUAAUACUCGAUUGGGUAGCUGGGGAAACUCAGCCAGAUGGGCGGGGUAUAAAUAAUAAAUUAUUAUUAUUAUUAUUAUUAUUAUUAUUAGCAUAGUCUUACCUUGUUUUGUGACUGGGAUCCGUUCUGAAGCCCCGGCCGCUAGCUGAAAAGGACACAGGGCAAAGUGCCGUGUCUGCGCAUGCGCAUGGAGCGGUUUGCGCUUCUGCGCAUGCACGAGCAGCAAACCUGGAAGUAACCCAUUCCGGUACUUCUGGGUUUGCUGCAGACGUUUGCCUUAAUGGACGCUAGACGAGGCGGACCUUCACAGAGGUAGAUUGGCCUGUGAGGUUUUCCCUCUUGAAGGCAUUUUAAAGAGGGAAUGUUCCUGAAAACAUGCACAGUGCAUUUCCCUUGGUCUCUAAGGUGCUACUAGACAAUUUUAAAUUUUUUUUUAUAUAUUUCAAUUGCUCUCUGUGUGAUUAGAGUUCUUCGAGUGCACAGAGCAUUGUUUCCUGGCAGCUUUGUGCAUUUCUCAUUGCUCACCUUAUGAAAUUAAGCAGGAUUAUUCAUCUAGCCGCUUAUGCACCUAUUUUAUUUAAUUCUUUUUCCAGCUCCCGUUUCCAAACCAAGACUUUCCCCACCGACUUCCCAAGUAGCAGUAUUGGGGAAGUCAUUCACUGUAAACUGUUAUUCCAGCAAUGGAACUCUGCCCAUAACAUAUACUUUGUACAGAGGAGGCAUAUAUGUUAACAAGACAGAACUAAAAGUAAAUGAACCGGCAGAGUUUUUGGUCAAAGCAACCAAUGCACAUGUUCCAGAAGACUACAGUUGUGAAGCUAAAAACGGCCAUUCCGUUCCACAACGAAGCACUCGGGUAAACAUUACAGUGAUAGGUAAGUGUCUGGUGCUUUUUUAAAAGGGACACAUUGUUUUUGUUUUAGAAUGUUAAAUGCUUUAACUCUUCUAAGCAAUACACUUUACUAUACAUCAUUUCAUAUCUGUAAUAAUUGUAAUAACUUUGGUAUGUACACUUCGACACAACUUUUUAAUACAUUCAGAAACACUUAUCUGACUCUUGAUUAUGGCUUUAUUUUUAAUUUUAAUUUUGUGUAAUUGUUGGAAAGAUGUAACUCAGUGCAACCAUGUUAAACAGUGACUUCUUUGAACUCAAAAACAAGGAAACAAAAGUACUAAAUAACUAGGUUGUAUUGGCAGGGGUUCCUCCAAUGCUAGUUAGAAAUGAAUUCUAUGUAUAAUUGCUCUUAACUUAACCUACCUCCAGCAUUUAUAAUUUGCCAUCUAGCCAGCACUUCUCCACUGCUGUUCAGCCUUUUCUCUGUACUUUAAUCCACAGCUCCGGUUGGCAGCAUAAACUUGGGGAGACCUUCACAUGGAGAUGUGGAAGAUGGCAAAGAGCUCGCAAUCUCCUGCUCUGUUGGUUCAGGAUCUUAUCCUAUUGAGUUCACCUUCUUUAGAGAAAACCACCCCAAACCUUUGUAUAAAGUAACAGAGAAGACAAAACGCAUUGCUGUUUGGUACAGAGAAAGCCUCACAAGCCAAGAUGGAGGGAAGUACUUUUGCAGAGCUGACAACCAAGCAAAAUCACCUGUAGAGAGCAACAUGAUGACUGUCAACGGUACAUUCUGUUCAUGGAUUGAUUGAUUGAUUUAUUUGGACACAUGGUGCCAUAGCAUUCAAAAUGAUGAAAUUAUUUAAAUAGCACCUUGGAUAUUAAUGCAUUUUGAUCCAAAUGCUACCCAUACUUCCGGAGGCUCCAAAUAGGUGUAUUCCAAAGUAGCCCAGUUUGGACAGUUACUGCUGGUCAUGGGUCUCCAGAAUUGUGUAAGGUAAAGGUAAAGGGACCCCUGACCAUUAGGUCCAGUCGUGACUGACUCUGGGGUUGCGGCACUCAUCUCGCUUUAUUGGCCGAGGGAGCCGGAGUACAGCUUCCGGGUCAUGUGGCCAGCAUGACUAAGCUGCUUCUGGAGAACCAGAGCAGUGCACGGAAAUGCCGUUUACCUUCCCGCCAGAGCGGUACCUAUUGAUCUACUUGCACUUUGACGUGCUUUUGAACUGCUAGGUGGGCAGGAGCAGGGGCCGAGCAACAGGAGCUCAGCCCCUCGCAGGGAUUUGAACCGCCGACCUUCUGCUCGGCAAGUCCUAGACUCUGUGGUUUAACCCACAGCGCCACCCGCAUCCCCAGAAUUGUGUACAUGACAGUAAAUAUGUGUGGUGACAGAAUGUCUUGGGCCCCAAAUCCUCCUUCAUUUGUAUUUGCAUUUUCUGCAAGGAUAUUCUUGGGAUAAAGGGGAAAGAGAAAAGUGGCCAGAAGCAAGGAGGAUGAGGCACAUGAACCUCUUCAAGGCACACCUGCAGUGUAAACUUUAAAGGGGUUUUAGCAGAUGUUUCUUCGUUCUAGGAAACCCCGGAAAUGUUGUUCGGCAAGGGUACCUUGGGGUUUCUAGUGGUGAAUUGUCAGCGCCCUCGUGUCAUGUCAGUGGAAUAUUGCUUCUUCCUGAUGUUAGAAUGAGGGAAGUCAAAUAGGGGGGUUUGACAACAUUACUAGAGCCAGGGCUUUUUUCGCUGUGGCUCUGAUCUGGUGGAACGCUCUGUCACAAGAGACUAGGGCCCUGUGGGACUUGACAUCUUUCCGCAGGGCCUGCAAGACAGAGCAGUUCCACCAGGCCUUUGGUCAGGGCACAGCCUGACUCCCUUCUUUGGCAAUCUUCACAGAACUUUAGCCUAAUGGUUGCCAUCAAUUUGAGUUGAAUUAAUUUUAAUGAAAUGAUUUUAGAAUGUUGUAUUAUUUUAUUGUUGUUAGCCACCCUGAGCCCAGCUUCGGCUGGGGAGGGCGGGAUAUAAAUAAAAUUUAUUAUUUAUUAUUAUUAUUACUACUCCCUACAUCAGUGUUGCUUAAGUUCCAGGUGGCCUGUUCAUUGAGUAUUUGUCCUGAUUUGUUUUCAGGGAGGUUUGACGGAUUUGUGUCAAGCAAAUAUUUAUCCCACAUUUCCAGUGCAUCUUCCUGUCACUUUCCUUAUUGAAAAAGUCUGAUUGGGGGAGUGGGAAAGUGACAGGAUGAAUGCUCAGUAAACAGGUCACCUGGAACUUAAGCAACUUGAGAAUAGGAAUGAUUUUGGGGGUGGCAAUAUUUGUACACAUUUUUCAUGCUGAUGUGGAAUUGCAUCCCUGAGCAUCAGAAGAGAUUUGUUGCUUCUUGUGAAGGAUUGGUGUUGUUGCAGGUGAUGGUGGUGAUACCGUACCAUGCCUGACACAUGAUUUGCUUUUCCCUUAAUUUUUAGUUGUUCUGGCUUCAUGGAAGAAAUGGCUCAUUGUGGUAAUCAUCAUUCUGAUUUUCCUUGCUGUUGCCAUUGCGGCUUCCUGGUGGUAUGUUCGGAAGAGGGCAAAGGGUAAGAUACUUUCUUUAGCAUUCAGAUGUGUGGUGAAUAGAACAGAUGCUUUUCUGUCUAUACCCAGGGCGGCUGCCCUCCAAAUGUGUUGAACUACAACUGCUGCCGUCCCUGACUUUUUACCCUGCUGGCUGGGGCUGAUGGGAGUUAUAGUCCAAUGGUAAAUAGUGCUAUUCUGAUGAAAGUAACAAUAUUCUGGUCAAAACUGUGGGUCUGGUCUUUUUGAUUGCUAUAGUGUGACAGCGAAGUUCAUGAAAGUGGUAUUUAAUGCUCAUUACAAUAACUAAAUUAUUCCUUUUUUUUUAGUUUAAUCAUUUUAUUCGUAUUUGCGAUAGCUGACAAAUAAAAUUCAAUGUUGCCCGUCCCUGUGUACCACUGUACACAUUCAUACUGUACACAUUACUUUGUGGGUUAGUAACCACGGGUUGUUAUUAACAACCAAAUACCAAUGCUCAUUGUUGGACAUAAGGCAGUGCUGGGUGAGCUACAAAUUGUUUGUAUUAAGAAUUCUUCAUCCAUCAGUGCAGGAACAACAUGGUGCUAACAUGGUUUGCUUGUUCAUUUAUUUAUGCAAUUGACUUUCUAUACAUGUGGUAUAUUUCACUAACUUGCUGUUAUUUUCCCUUAUGAAGCUAAAGGCAAUCCUUUGGAGUUGACUAGGUAGGUUGGCUUUCUUACCGUGCUAAAAGUGAGUUAUUUCUAAUAAAUGUGGUGAUGAUGUGUCCCUGAUGCUGUCCUGUGCAUAGGCAUGUUCAGGCAUUCACCUGAACAUUCAAAUGCUCAAAGGGUGGACAGGAGCAGGAGUUCACAUGCAAACACUGCCCCAACAUACUUGCGCACAACCCACCCACCCCAGCCCCCGUCUUCCUCAGACUGCAUGGGGUUCUUCUCAUACCUACUUGAACGCAAGAAGACUCCUCUAUGUUAUCGAAAGCCCUGCUUUAUCAGAGUCAGCAAUAGUAGGAGGUGUUCUAUUCAUAUGCACGAAAAUGCCAGCAAAAGCCCUUUGCAGACAUCACCCAUGCGACAGGAGGAAGACUGGGGGCUGGCAGGGUGGGUGGAAUGCAAGCAGCACACGGAUGUUGGGGAUAAGGUUCGUAUAUUCACCCCUGCCCCGUCCACAGAUGUGUCACUUGCCUGUGCAAAUCUUUUGUGGUGGAAAUGGUAACCAUAAUCCAAGCAGAUACAGUGGUACCUCGGGUUACAUACACUUCAGGUUACAUAUGCUUCAGGUUACAGACUCCGCUAACACAAAAAUAGUACCUCAGGUUAAGAACUUUGCUUCAGGAUGAGAACAGAAAUUGUGCUCCGGCGGCGCAGCAGCAGCGGGAGGUCCCAUUAGCUAAAGUAGUGCUUCAGGUUAGGAACAGUUUCCAGUUAAGAACAGACCUCCGGAACGAAUUAAGUACUUAACCCGAGGUACCACUGUAUAGGAGUUUGUGGUGAGAACGUCAGAAGAGUAAAGAAAACAGAAGAUUAUGCCACCGAGGUGCUAUCCUCUCCCUGCAGUCAUUUUACUGCCUUUCUGCUAGUGUGGUUUUAAGUGUUAAAAUACUAAAGCAAACAAAUGAGAUAAAAUAUAAAGUUGGCCUGGCGGGGUGGGGGCCGCAAUCUUACUGCAGCAGGGAAGCAUUAUGCCUCAACAACCCAGGCAAACAAAUUAGUUUGUUUCCAAAUAAUUAUGUUGCUUUUGGAUUAUUCAUAUUGUUGUGAGCCACUUUAAAGGCAAAGCAGGACACCCCCCCCAAAUGGCACAUAAAAAUAAUAUAAAUAGUAGUUUAUAAGAAUAAUUCGGCUUUUUAUCGUCCUUCAGAUCUGAGGCUCUUCUGGUAUCACAUUUCCAAUGAAAAAUGGCCUACCUGGGGCCAAGGCAACCUAGAUUGUAAUUGCCAGGGACUUGUUAUAAGGGUAAAGGUAAAGGUAAAGGACCCCUGACAGUUAAGUCCGGGUCAUGUGGCCAGCAUGACUAAGCCGCUUCUGGCGAAACCAGAGCAGCGCAUGAAAACGCUGUUUACCUUCCCACCUGAGCAGUACCUAUUUAUCCACUUGCACUUUUUGGCGUGCUUUUGAACUCCUAGGUUGGCAGGAGCUGGGACUGAGAAACGGGAGCUCUCCCUGUUGCGGGGAUUCAAACUGCCGACCUUCUAAUGGGCAAACCCAAGAGGCUCAGUGGUUUAGACCACAGCGCCACCCGCAUCCCACUGUGAUAAGGGUGCUUACCAUCAAAAGGCACAUCCCAUGAUGCCUUUGCACAUCUAUGAAACAGCUUAGUGUCUUAGAAGCAUUUGUGGAAAUCCGUGAUUCUUUAGAUUGCAUGUCCCCAGAAUUAUAUCCCUGAGAUCAAGGGGAAGACUGAGCUUUAUUAAAAGAUGACCUUCUGUUGUUAAAAUACCAGUGCUUCAUAUUCUGUUCUUUGUUCUGUUUUUCUUUUCUCAGUUCUAUAGCAGCAACCAAUUCAGUGGGUGAGAAGCUGACACCACGACAGAAUAAUGAAGGGGAAUUCUAUUUCGGUAGCUUAUGGCUAAUGACCUUAUUGAUAGUGUCUGCUUCAGACUCCUUUUCCCUUUCUCUCUCCUAGUCUUACUACUUCCACCUUGAAAUCAUGCCAUUAUUCAGACCUGGCCCAAACGAAAGAUUCUUAUUCAUAUACCCAAAAGGGUUGCCUUUUUUUGCUUUUCAGCUGAACUUGGCUUUGAUAGAAACAGUUACAUAGGGACAUGGGCCACAUAUUUGUUAUUAUUAAUUAUACUUAUAUCCCGUCUUUUCCUCCAAGGAGCUCAUGGUGGCAUACAUGGUUCUUCAGUUUUUUGUGUGCUUACAACAACCCUGUGAGGUUACCUCCACAUGUGGUGGGAAUGCCCUAAAAUCCAACCCUUCUGGACAGCAGUCCUACAAGAGAUAUGCAAAAUAACUAAACAGGUAUUAGAACUCACCCCAGAACUGGCCCUACUGAACAUCUUCCAAGAUCAUAAUGACCACUCACUUUAUACACAUCUUAUAACCCACUUACUCUCAGCAGCCAGAAAGAAGCCUCAUAGUCAGACACUGGAGAGACCAGUCAGAAGUAAACAUGGACAGAUGGUAUCAACUUGUAUGGGAAACGGCCUUAAUAGAAAAGCUAACCAAUAAACUGAAACUGGUAAAGGUAAAGGGACCCCUGACUAUUAGGUCCAGUCAUGGCCGACUCUGGGGUUGCAGCGCUCAUCUUGCUUCUGGCGAACCAGAGCAGCACACGGAAACGCCGUUUACAUUCCCGCCAGAGCGGUACCUAUUUAUCUACUUGCACUUUGACCUGCUUUUGAACUGCUAGGUUGGCAGGAGCAGGGACCGAGCAACAGGAGCUCACCCCGUCACAGGGAUUCGAACUGCCGACCUUCUGAUCGGCAAGUUCUAGGCUCUGGUUUAACUCACAGCGCCACCCACGUCCCUAACUGAAACUGACAUGGGGACAAAUAGAAGAGGAUGCCUUCACCCCAGCAUGGCUCCCCUUUAUCACAUACACAGCCCAACAAGACAACAAGAAUCCACUGACAGCCUGUGAAUCAAUCUGGUUUACCUGACUCAACAAGCCCUCCCCACCCUCACAAAUGCAAACAAUCCCACUGCAGCCAAGCACAGACAACCAGCCACACCCUGUCCCCCCAAUACCUCUCACAACCAAGGAAAUGUAAUAAACAAUUAGAAAGAACCCACCAAGUUGACGCUGACACAAAACCUCACACAUACACUAUGCAAAAGAAUAUAAGCCUCUCCCCCCCCUUCUUGCCCAACCUUAUACUGUACUCAACACUAAUGUCUCACAACAAAUGUAACUGACUUGUAAGAAAUGGUUUAAAUUGUUAUGAAGGAAAUGAUUAUUUUUCUCCUUCCAGUAAAGCAGAAAAGUUGUCCAAAUAUAAACAGUUAACUUAUUAAACCUCACAAUAAUUUUUAUGUAUUUCUAAUAGUAUAACCAAAUCAGUAAUUUUUUAUAUAACUGUAAAAACUACCGUAUUUUUCGCUCUUUAAGGCACACUUUUUCCCUCCUAAAAAGUAAAGGGAAAUGUGUGCGUGUCUUAUGGAGUGAAUGCAGGCUGCACAGCUAUCCCAGAAGCCAGAACAGCAAGAGGGAGUGCUGCAUAGCGAUCCCUCUUGCUGCUCUGGCUUCUGGGAUUCAGAAUAUUUUUUUCUUGUUUUCCUCCUCCAAAAACUAGGUGAGUCUUAUGGUCUGGUGCGGCUUAUAGAGCAAAAAAUACGGUACUCUGAAAAUUUAUUAUUCCAAAAACAAAACCUUUGUCUGGUUGUAAAUAUUAAGGUUAUACCAGCAAGAAUGAGUCUUUCUGUUAAAAAAAAAAUUAAAUCAAGUCUUACUGACUAGUGAUUUAAAUUGUGAUUUAAAUGAAAUCCACCCUGGUUACAAGCAUCCUCUGCACCUUUCAAAGGAUGUGAGUGAAGUAGGAGAGUCUUGGGAGGGGGCUUCCCUUAUCCCUUUAGCUGCAACUGUAGAACCUGCUAUGCCACCCUGGCCCUCAAGUAGGGAUGGAGGAGAAAAUAAAUUCAGUCCGAAUUAAAAGGUGGACCUACUCAAUCUGCACUUUCUAAAACAAUGUGCAAACCGAAAUACAGCUAGCCUUCAUAAUUUGCAUUUCUCUGAAUAUUGUAAAGAAUACAAAAAUGCAUUUGAUUAGCAGUAACUAGGAUUACAGUGGUUUCAGAUGUCGAAGUAAACCACAUUUAUUGCUAACCAGGAAAGGGAGGCAUUCAGGUAGGUAGCCGUGUUGGUCUGACGCAGUCAAAAUAAAAAAAACAAAAAUUGUCCAGCAGCACCUUAUAGACCAACUAAGUUUGUUCUUGAACAAACUUAGUUGGUCUAUAAGGUGCUACUGGACAAUUUAUUUAUUUAUUUAUUUUUAUUCAGGAAAGGGAGGACCAAACACACCUGAGGAGGAUGUGAGCCUGCUAGACAGUCUCAGGUGGACUGUGUGUUGUGUGUACUGGACUGCUAAGUAUGAUGUUCAGACAUAGGAAAUUAAGCACAACACUCUUAUAUCAGUUGGCUUGGCUUUGCAUGACCCUAAAAUGGAGUCUUUACCUGUUCAAAUGAGACCCAAUAAUGUCAAAUUCGUCAAACCUUAGCUGUCCUAGUCAAUCUAAGCAAAGUUCAUCAUACAGAUGUGUAGUCAAUAGCACAGAAUAGUUGCCACCAGGUAAUUAGCAUACCUUCCAACAUUUCUCCGAUGAAAAUAGGGACGUCCUGUUGCAUAAUGAUAAUUUUACUAUUUAUACCCCACACAUCUUACUGGGUUGCCUUAGCAUUCUGGGCAGUUUCCAACAUACAUAAAAACAUAAUAAUACAUUCAACAAUUUAAAAAACCUUCCCCACAUAGGAUAGCCUUCAGACACCUCGGGGAUUGAAUAACUCCAUACACCCUCCAACAUUUCUCCAAUGAAAAUAGGAACAUCCUAAGGAAAAGUGGGACGUUCCGGGAUCGAAUCAGAAACUGGGACAGCUUCUCUGAAUCAGGGAGGUCCCUGGAAAAGAGGGGCACUUGGAGGGUCUGAAUUAGUUCAAGCUGGUCAAAGGAGCUUAAAGAGAAGCAGAAAAGAAGGGACAAACAAACAAAAAACCCACGAGUGCCUGUCAAAGAGCAGGGCAUAGGAAAAAGGAAUAACCAUCAGUGGAGCGGGCUGCAAAGCAUAGCUCAAGAAUCAAAUGAGGGGCCUGACUGUGAGUACUUAUAGCAGGCAAGGAUAAGGAAGAUUCAAGGAUGGGGCACAUUGGAGACCGUGGAGGGCAAAACCCCAGGUUAAGACUUUCUAUACGUGAUAUGUGACAAUACAAAUAUUGUGCUUAAAAGGGAGUUGUAGCUGUUUUUAAAACUGCUGCUAAUUAGUUUGUCUGCUCAUCUCUUGUUUUGUUUUUUUAACAUUUUAGGGUCAGGUUAUAAUGAAGAUGGUGAAAAAAAUAAUUUAAAAUCAAACGAGGAUGGUCAAGGUAACUUCUGGGUUUUUAUUUUUGAGUGUAUUUCUAACUUUUCAAGAGAGUAUAGUUUAUUGAGGAUUAGAACAGAAUCUAUUUCUUCCAGCUUGGAGUGAUUUCACUAUGCUUGUAUAUCUUUUCUGGGGAUAAAUUUCAAAAUGCAACAAUUUACAUGGAUGCCACUUGGAUUCAGAUACUGAAAGAUUCCACAGAAAGCCCAAUCAGGCUUGUUCCUGUUUUACAAGUGUUAAAAUAUUUUAGAGGGACCUUUCAAUCCUUACCCACUUCUUUUUAUCUUUUUAUCAUUGCUGCUUUGACAUCACUUGACAUCUAUUAUUAUUUCUAUCACCCACCAACAACGUCCCCACAGCAAAGCAAACCUGCCACCUUCCACUAUGUGUUUUGUUGCCACAAGGUCAACACUAUUAGCGUAGCAUAUGAGCAAAUGCUUUUAAUGCUUAGAUAUGUCCCUGCCAUGUUUUAUACUGAUUGCCAAUCCAAUGACUGAGUGGAAAAGCUCAAGUUAGCUGUUGUCAAGUCUUGCUAGAUUCUGCUAGGCACAUUAUACAGUGGUGCCUCGCAAGACAAAAUUAAUCCGUUCCGCGAGUAUCUUCGUCUAGCGGUUUUUUCGUCUUGCGAAGCAACCCUAUUAGUGGCUUAGCGGAUUAGCGCUAUUAGCGGUUUAGCGGCUAUUAAAGGCUUAGCGGAUUAGCGGAUUAGCUGCUAAAAGGCUAUUAAAGGCUUAGCGGAUUAGAAAAAGGAGGGGGGAAGCAAAAAAAAAUCUCAAGACUCGCAAGACAUUUUCGUCUUGCAAAGCAAGCCCAUAGGGAAAUUCGUCCCGCGAAGCGCGUUGAAAAACGGAAAACCCUUUCGUCUAGCGGGUUUUCCGUCUUGCGAGGCAUUCGUCUUGUGGGGCAGCACUGUAGAUUUAUUUCCAUAUACGAAUUACAGGCAUGGGCUCCUCAAUCCAUGUUGGAGUCAGAGAAGGGGGCAGUUGGCUAAAGCUCCACAUGCUAGCAUCUCAAUCCAGAUCGGAGAGAUCACACCUGCAAUUUGUGUUAAACAUGCUGCACUUAAGGGCACAGAUAGGUAAUUAAUAUAUCAUCUAGUCUAGCUCUUAGAAAGACUGAUACCUCCAUUAGGCCUUGGGUUGUGUCAGAAAAGCUAGACUUCCUUUUUGCUUGGUUUAAAAUUAGCUGAUACUGCCCACUCAAAGAAAUUUUAAGCACAGCCUCCUGUUAAUCAAACAAUUAUAAAUAGCACAUUGUUGAAUGAAUUAAGAUCUGCAUGUUAUAUAUAUAUUUUAAAAUAAAUACGUAUCCGCUGAGAGAAGUAACAACUAUAAAUAAAUAUAAAUAAACCUAAUUGCAAAUUACCAGACAUAGCUCGUUCAUGGGUUGCUUCUUCAGCAGCAAUUUAUUUGAAAGGUGGGAUCCACAUUUACUUAAAAUUAAAAUACAAUAUUAAAUAUGUAUUUGAAGUUGCCACUUCUUGUUUCAGAGCCCCAUAUAAAGGGGGAUAGAUUCUGCAGAAGGAGAGGUCAGGUCAAAUAUCAUGGCUUCUCCUCCUCCUCCUCCUCUCCACACAUACAUGGCAAAAGCAGGUCCCUACAAGUCUCUCCAACUCUCUGGGUUUGUUUUGGUCGCUGAUGGAGGGAAAAUCUGCUGCAUUUAUUGGGAUUCCAAAGCAGGAGGGGAAAAGCUAAAAAAAUCUGAAUUGCAGAUGUAGUGUACACAAGCUUUGUUUUUGCAUCCUCUAAAGUCAAUGGGAGUGUGACUGGUUUAUUCCAGAGAUAGCAAAAAACAGGCCCUCAGCAAGUUCAGAGUGCAAUACAAAGAAACAUCUUCUUGCUAUUUUUGGGGCAGGACCUGAUCUUGAGAAUUCCGAGGUGGAAUAUACUGUCGUGGAAGUGUCGGCUGCUGAUGCUUACAGAGGUAACUAAAUAGCUGACUUGUGCCAUUAUAUGUAGCAGGAAGAGCAAUGGGCUUACCACUGAGUGGUGUCAAUUGUAAUUUCCCAAUUCAUUUUAGAAGGAGCAGGAUUAUAUCUUAAAACCGUUGUUCCACACUACUGGUAAACAGGAAGAAAUAAAGCUUCCGCUUCAAGGAUCAGCAGGUGUUUCUUCAUAAACAGGACACUGCAGCCACCUGCAUAUAGUCAGAAAUCCAGAAAGGACAUCAGAACCAUGCAGUUCUGCUUGCAGCCCUUGACAUAUCACCUGCAUCCCCUAUAGAUGAAUCCACACCAUCCUAAUUGCAGAGAGCAGGUGUGCAUAAGGUGCAUUCUUCCCCAAGGCUGACUGCAGGCAAUUGGUAUUUUAGAAAAAAAGGAUGGGUUAGGGAAGUGAGCUAACUCACAUACUAUAACCAGAGUCCAAACAUCCCACAGGAAAAGGGGAAAACAAGGGAAGACAUGGUAGCUUUAUUAUGCAUUCCCAGAUAAUCUUAACAGUUGGGUUCCUUUUUUUCUGUAUGGCUGCCCUUAUUCUUCAGUGUUUGAUUCUAGCACAACUCAUCGUGAUCCAUUCUGUAGUCACAGAGAUAAGAUCACUGUUAAUCCACUUUCACAGUAACAGUAAUAUGCUGAGUAUGUGUCCUUGUGUUGUGUAUGGAAGUGUAGGCAAAAAGGAGCAGCCAUUGCAAUGUUGCUCUCCCUGCAAAAUGGCAUGUUAGCACUUUUCCUUUUUCAAUAAUAUGAGCAUGAAUAUGCCAUUCCCAGGCUGAGUGUAGCAGAUCAGUUAAUUUAUAGGCUUAUCAUCUGCAUGGAGCCAUAUAAAUAGCAGCUGACCUUUUCCUUUUAACAAAAAUAGUCUAACUGUUGAUAGUCUUUGUGCCACAAUAUAAUCAUUACAUGGACCAUUGAUUAGUUUUACUUGGUAACAUUAGCCUGUGUCUGGUCUGGUGUCAAACUAACUUUUUAUCCCAGUGGACGAAGCAGCAUGUUUGGUCUGUGGGAUUUGUUCCUGGGAGUGAAAGCCCCUAGAUGGCCAGCUCAGUGUCAAUAUCUUGAGCCGAAGCAGGACUUGGCAGGGGAUGAAUUGUCUGAAUCAAGGAUGUUGCUUGUUAGAAGACCUUUUGGCAAACCAUCAGGAGGAAGAAAUAGGAAAAGGCAGAGGCACAGAUCCUGCAUUGCUUUGACCCAGACAGUCAAAAACCACUAGCAUUGCUGCCAGUCUCAAACAUUUUGGCAGAGAUAUGCUGGUAAAUGUAAAAAAUAACCAAACCAAAUUUAGACCAACCGGACAGAAGUGUAUGGUUAAUAGUGUCUUUUAAAAACAAACAUGCACAUUUCUUGAAACGGUUGGUAUUAAAAGUUCAGCAAUUCUCUGCUACUUCAUAACAUAUCCUCCAACAUUUCUCUGGUGAAAAUAGAGAUGUCCUAUUCUAUUAUUAUUAUUAUUGUUGUUGUUAUUAUUAUUAUUAUUAUUAUUAUUAAUAAUAAUAAUAAUACCCCACCGAUCUGACUGGGUUGCUCCAGCCACUCUGGGCAGCUUCCAACAUAUAUAAAAACCAUAACAAAACAUUAAACAUUUAAAAACUUCCCUAUGCAGACAGCCUUCAGAUGUCUUCUAAAGGUUGUAGAAUUACUUAUCUCCUUGGCUCGGCAGUCAAAUAGGUUUGUGGCCAGCAGCUCAGCUAGGCAAGUUAUUUUCCACAGAGCACAGUGAUCCGAUUUACGGAAGUGACACAUAUUUUGCCAGCUAUAAGACACCCUUCACACACUUCCUCCCACUAAGGGCUGCCUUGUUGACUUCAUUGCACCUGAAGGGGCUGGAGGGCUGCUGCAGCAGCACUAGCCUCCUGACAAUGAUAUUGCUGCUACUUAACUGCAACUGGGGUGGGCAGGCUGUUGUGCUUUCAUUGAUCCAACUUUGCCUCUGCCCCUGCCCUGCAGUGAUGCUGCUGUCAGGAGGCUGGCUCUGCAGCCUUGCUUCGUUGUUUAUGAUUGCUUUUGUGUUGCGCCAGAAACAGGACUGGCUAAAUACUUGGAAAAUUACUGAGGUACGUCUUGCUCAUAUUUGUGUAUCAGAAUGCAAAAUUGCACCUGGGUUAUGAAUAAACAUUGCAUCUAUUUAUAGUGCACUUUCAGGUCUGGACAGAUAGUAAAGGCCAUUUUCCUAAUUGGUAGUCAUGUGCUUCCUUCUUUUGAGAUGACAGGGCAGUUUUAAAACACGCACCGCAAAGUAAUUGAUUCUAGGAAUUAUUAUUCAAAGUAAUUAUUAUUACUGAUUCAAAGUAAUUAUUAUUAUUAUUAUUGAUACCUUUCCCAGCUCCUGUUGUACAGAAGCCUGAAACGGUUUAUACUGAAAUCAGAAAAGCUACUAAUGGUAAGUAAGCCGGGGGGAAAAAUCAAACACAUAAAUAAUACAGAACCCAUGUGGCAUUUUUAUAUGUAAAUACUGUUUCUUUGAGGAAGAAAGCAUUUAUGAGGAGUUCAUUUAGAAACUUACAAAAGAGCUACUAACAGAGUAAUCCAAGCCCAUCUUAUGCUGGUCUGGGGAGCGUGUGUGCUGGAACAAGCAGAGGUAUCCUUCUGUUCAACUUAGCCAACUGGGUUCUGCCAAUCUUCCCCUUCUGCCAACCAAACUUUUGUGGAAAUGUGGAGAACUGAAUUUAAGAUUGGACAAUGAAAAAUCAAUGCAAUCAAAAACUGGCCGAUUUUGCCUGCUCCCUAACACGGACACUGCUCUUCAUCUGCAUAGGUUACUCUAGGAUUCAUUCUUGUUCAUACUAGACUGCAACAAAAAGGAACCCAUAGUUGCCUUUGACUGGACUUAACUGUCCAGGGGUCCUUUACCGUUACCUUUUACCUUACAGAUGAAUAUGCCAGUUUAAACAUUUAGGGUAGUGCAUGUGAAGAAAUGUUACUGAGCACAGCAUUCUUCCAAGGCUGCCAAGAACUACAUACCCUUCAACAUUUCUCCGAUGAAAAUAGCGACGUCCCCAUUCCAUAAUGAUAAUUUUGCUAUGUAUACACCACACAACUUAUUGGGUUGCCCUAGCACUCUGGACAGCUUCCAACAUAUAUUAAAAACAUAUUUAAACAUUAAAAAAACCCUUCCCUAUACAGGAUUGCCUUCAGACGGCUCGGGGGUUGGAUAACUCCAAGAAAAUGAAUGCUUCUCUGUUUUGUACCCUAUUAAAUGGCAAAGUGAGAAUUGGUAUAACUUCCACAAUAAAUCUCCUUUGGGGAAGCUUAUAGUUUUAAAACUUUACAGUAAACAGAACUUGCUAUCAUUAUUUAGUUUAUCUGCUCAAAUGGGUUUGAGAAGGGCAUAUGUUACUUAAAAUCCUCUUAAUCAAUACUUUGUUGUAGAGCCAGGAAGUCCAAUGAAAUGAGAUUUGAUUAAAAGUGGGAGCUGGAUUAGGCUGACGAUAAGCAAGCACCCCCUUAAUCUUGCAUUCCACCUUCUGUCCUACACAUACCCAGCUACAGCUUCAGUUAUUUUUGGAAAUGUAAUAACAGUGUAUUGUUCUAAUUGCGCCUGCUUUUCCUGACUGAUACACAGGAAAAGUGUUUCAAACAGAUAAGCAGGGCAUCACACAACAGCAAAGCCAUUUUGGAGGCUUACUGCAUAACUUACUGAAACAGAACCAUGUUGACUUUGUGUAUGGAGAUGAUUAUUGAUAGCAUUUAUAUAAAGAAGCACACACCCAGAUGAGGCAUGGCUCAUAAAGAAGGCAGGGUGUUAAAAAUGGGGGUGACUAAAUUUCCUGGCUUUGGAGACACAAUUAAAGCUCUUCCAAACUGGAGCCUUGCAACAGAACUCUUGUUUAACAUUCUGCCACUCUUUAGAGUGUAGCUAAUGAAGAAUCCAUGGCAGAACUAUGCAGCUAGGAUAAGGUUUGAUUCUUAUUUAUUUUAUUACAGUACACCCCUACUUUCUUCUGUCAUGGAACCCAAGAUGGUUCCCAGAAAGCUUCUCAUCUAGUAUAACUUCAGCAAGGCGGUGGCCUCGUGUGCUUUUGCAUCAAACUUAUUGGAAGAAUAUGAGCAAGAAGCAAGUUUAGUUCCCAUCUGUAUGCCUCUAGAAGUAUAACUCUCAUGAAUUUCCUAUGGGACAAACUAAAGAGCUCUGCUUUGGAGGCAGUGUUGCAGCAUAUGCAUUGAGGGGGCCAAAAUCUGAAUGAUCCAGCCAUCAGCUGUGGGGAAGAGUAUGUCUCCUUUUCCUUUCGGAAGGUACCUCCCAGAGCAGGGGUUGGCAGGGUUUACCUUGCCUUGGCUGGAUCAGUCCCGCGGAGCCCCCUCUGUGGGCCGGAUAGCAAGCGUGCGUGAGCGCCCCCCACGCAAUUUCCAGAGUUUGCGCGAGUCUGCACAUACGCAGAUGCAAAUUCUGGCAUCCGCACGUGCACAGACAAAAGCGAGUCCCCGUGCUGCACCACACCGGUUAUCGGUGCGGCGCGGGGACUCGCCGAAUGGGCGGCUCGGUCCAGGGGCAGCUCAUGGGGCGGUUAAACAGCGUCUGCGGGCUGCUUCUGGCCCAUGGGCUGCAGGUUGCUGACGCCUGUCCCAGAGCAUACUUCCCCUCCCCUUAGCAGCAAAAUUCAUUUGCCAGGUAGUGCACAGCCGUUUUUCUAGCUUACUGGCAGGUAGGUCAGUGUUGCUUACAGGGAGGGAAAUAGGGAGAGGUAUUAUGUCAGAGAAGUCAGGACGGUGCAAAUGCACCAGUGGAACCAAUCCGGUGCUACUAUUGAUGUGUUUGCACCACACCAGCUUCCUCCCCGCCUUGACCUUUUCUUCUUGGUAAGUAACAGUGACCCACUUGCCAGGAAGUUAGCUCCACUCCGCCUGGAGGGAUGCUGACUUACGUUCCAAUAGGAAAAAGUGAUUCAUACCUGUGAACUCUCCUUCUUUCCUCCUUUCCUUCCUGUCUCUCUGAUGUCACCAGAUUUGUCAGAUGUGUGGUGGGCUCUUUUCUAAGAAGGUGUCUGGAAUGUUGCCUGCCAAGAGACAAUAUGUUGGAGUAGGGAUUCCAUUGCCCAUUUGUAGUUGGAGUCUCUUCCAGCAAGCGUGCUAAUGCUGCUUUUGGCUCUUUGUUUUAUUUGGCCAUUUCCACCCAGGAACCGUGCAGUAGUGUCACUUUGCAGCAAUGUUACAUCAGGGCCUAGGCUCCUUGGUGGGAGAGUUGAAUGUGGUUUGCUGCAGACCCCCAGAACUCCUCUCAGUGUCGCCACUGCUACUUCUGCUACUGCCUGAGUGCUGGAUAGCUGUGGUGAGCAGCCGUGUCAUUUCCCUUGCGCCUUAAAAUACUUGGGUGCAACAUGCCAUCACUGAUCUGCAGUGGCACUCCAUGGCAUCUGGCCACAUUGCAGGACAUUGCAGCGGCCUGCUGAAGCCGCCUGGUACACAGAGAAGCAGUUGUGGUGCUUCGUGUCCCUGCCUCAUACUUCCAGGCAUUGCAGAUGCUGCUCUAUGCGUUGCCACAGGCGGAGGAAGGGGGUGCAGUAAGUGCGGUUUGCCCCGGGUGUCAUCCCUGAGGGCGGUGACACUGUUGCCGCACCCGCUGGAUGCUAGCCCCACCCCUGUGGGCAGCUAGCCCCACCCCCAGGUGCACAGCAUGUGUGCCACUCCGGGUGCCGGAGCAGCUAGCUCCGCCUCUGUGUGCUGCUACUUCCUGGUCUGUUGAUCCCACUGUUGCCACCUCUGUUUAGCACUGCAGGCCUGCCCAGCACCAUGUUACCCCGGUGUUAUGUACUGAGUUGAAUAGGAUCUAAAAGGCAGCAGUCUGAUUGGUCCUAGAUCAAUAGGAUUCAGAAUGCAGCAGUCUGAUUGGUCCUAGAACAAUAGGAUUCAGAAUACAACAGUCUGAUUGGUCCACAGAAGCCACCCAAUCCAGCUCCAGGUGGAAGUGAAUCCGCAACCUGAUUGGCCUACAGGAGAAUCCCGGAAUUAGCCAAUCACGUGGGGCCCAUAGUGUAAAUAAUGUAUAUAAAGCAGACAUUCUGGGGGAACUUCCAUUCCUCCUCACCACUAUGAGCUGAAUAAAGAGCAUGAAAUCCACUCUCGCCUCCGAGUAUAUUUCACCCGCCCAAGGCCAUUGGAGGAGCACUGAAAGAACUUUCCCCAUAGGCUCUUCAAAGCCAGCAGUGAUGGGAGGAGGUCCUAAAUGAGGGCCAAUUCAAAACUCCAGCUGCCCAAUAUUACACCCAGGACUAAACUUUUUACAUGCAUUGGUGUACAUCGCUUCCCCUUGACCAUGGAGCCAGCACUCCAGGAUUUUCACAUGGCUGCUGUGCACCAGCAGACUUAUAAGAUCCUGUGAAUGCAUGUUCUAAGGAGGACUGCCUCAGCUAUUGUUUCCCCAUUAAAUUCUGUCCUCCCUUGAAGCUGUUUCAAAUUAAUGCAUCUAAAAUGUGAGAAUCAGACCUUGCAGAAAUCCGUUCUUCUUUUUCCUUAUAACCUGGGAUAAGGAAAACCUGAUCAACAAGCUUCUGCAUGGGUACUUGCACUGGAAAAAUGAGUCACUUGCUGGGAGGCGGUUUCAGUGUCCAGACAGGAAACGCUCACAGGGUCCCAUUGCCACCCACAAUAUGCUGCGGAAAAACAAAUGUUCUCAAGCGGAGAGAGGCCUGAGAAAACCUUGCUGCCUUUCUCACUUUGGAAUAAGACCCUAGAAGUGGCUUUGUGCCUCAGGAAACCUGUUUUACCAGUUUCCUGCUUCAAGACUCCAGACAUUACCCCUCCAAAGCGCCCUCUUGGUGGAACUGAGACGUUUCCCAACAGAAGGCCACAGUAAAGUAUGUGCCAUUGAAAGAGCAUCUAAACUUCUCAUAUGCUAAUCCAAAGAUUAUCCCAUCUGUGAGUAUACACUUGCAAAAUAGUUGGAUCAUUUUACCGUUCUUUUCAUUGGGUGUCCUUCAGCUAAGUCAGGGGUCGGCAAUCUAAGGCCCAUGGGCCGCAAGCAGCCCACGGGGGUCGUUUAAGCGGCCCCUGAGCUGCCCCCGAACCAAGCCGCUCCCACGGUGUGUCCCCACGUGCUGCGUUAAACCAGUGUGGCGCAGGGACUCGCUUCCGCAGCACUGGAAAUCGUGUCUGCGCAGACACCGGAAAUCGAGGGCGCGCAUGGAGGGAUGUCCGCUAGAGUGAACCGGCCCAGGUGAAGUAAACCUUGCUGACCCCUGAGCUAAGUUUUAUUCAGUGUAGAAUGAGUAUUGGAAUGAAUGGCCCUUAGUCAUUUGUUGUUGCUGUUGUUUAGUCGUUUAGUCAUAUCCGACUCUUUGUGACCCCAUGGACCAGAGCACGCCAGGCACUCCUGUCUUCCACUGCCUCCUGCAGUUUGGUCAAACUCAUGCUAGUAGCUUCAAGAACACUGUCCAACCACCUCGUCCUCUGUCGUCCCCUUCUCCUUGUGCCCUCCAUCUUUCCCAGCAUCAGAGUCUUUUCCAGGGAUUCUUCUCUUCUCAUGAGGUGGCCAAAGUAUUGGAGCCUCAGCUUCAGAAUCUGUCCUUCCAGUGAGCACUCAGGGCUGAUUUCCUUAAGAAUGGAGAGGUUUGAUCUUCUUGCAGUCCAGGGAACUCUCAAGAUUCUCCUCCAGCACCAUUAGGUUCAUUAAUUUCAACAAGUCUGCUCUGAGUAAUGUUUAGUUAAAUACCACCCAUUGUAAUGCUAAACUAUAUAGCAUGGAUUUGCGGUUGUGCAAUUGAAUGUCAUUCUCUUCCCCCCUGCAUGCCCCCUAAAUCUAUUCUAGGGGAGGGCAGAUUUGGAGAUGGGGUGGAAUUCAUUGCACAAGCGUAAAUCUUUCUGCCGGUGGAAAGAGGGCUCAUCCACACUUACUUUUGUUCUGCAUUUCUAGGCACAGGUCCGGGCUUUCAAGGUCCGUGUCCGACAGGAAAGCACGGGGCAAAAGGUAAGUGUGGAUUAGCCCUUAGCGGAAUACCACCCACCAUUGUAUUCAACACAGUUUUGUUGUCUAGGCCUUUUUCUUAAAGUGAAGGGAAAGCUGGUGAUGAUAACAGUGAAUAAAUUGUUGGAAACACAAUACAGUGGUACCUCGGGUUACAGACGCUUCAGGUUACAUAUGCUUCAGGUUACAGACUCCGCUAACCCAGAAAUAUUACCUCGGGUUAAGAACUUUACCUCAGGAUGAGAACAGAAAUUGUGCUCCGGCGGUGCGGUGGCAGCGGGAGGCCCCAUUAGCUAAAGUGGUCUUCAGGUUAAGAACAGUUUCAGGUUAAGAAUGGACCUACAGAACGAAUUAAGUUCUUAACCAGAGGUACCACUGUAUUCAGAAUGGAACGUAUGAGUAUUUUCAUGCAUUCCAGAGAGCUAGAUAUCUGCUGUAUAUAGUAUUCCUUCCAGUAGCACUUUAGAGACCAACUAAGUUUGUUGUUGGUGUGAGCUUUCGUGUGCAUGCACACUUCUUCAGAUAUGUGCAUGCACACGAAAGCUCAUACCAAUAACAAACUUAGUUGGUCUCUAAGGUGCUACUGGAAGGAAAUUUUUUUAUUUUGUUUCAACUACGGCAGACCAACAUGGCUACCUACCUGUAUCUGUAUAUAGUAUGUGAGCAAUGCAUCUCUCUUUUUUCAGUUGGGACUCAUGCCUGAUUGACUUGUAGAGGGUGCAGUGAAACCUGGCAACAAUGUCCAUUGCUUUUGUUUUGUUUUAGGCCAGAUUUUGGGGGCUAAACAAUCAUUUAAUUGCAUCACUUUACUAAAGUCAAAGGAUAUCUGCACCAAAGGAUUUGCUGCAGAUAAAGACACACUUGUAAAACCUCCAUGAGACAUACUUGUAGACCUACUCGUAAAACAUUGCUGGCCACCUAGACUUUUGAUUUAGGGUGACAAAGACAUGGGAUAUCCGUUGGUUUCCCCCGGUUUCCACACCCACCCAGCCACAGUAUAAUUAACAAACAUCCCUUCAUUUGAAGCUUUCGAAAUACACAAAAUUUAUAAUUUCCUCUUUCCUGGUAGUACAAUGCUUAGCAUGCCACAUGUGACUUUAAUAAAUUGUUUCAGAUUUGUUUAUUUCAAAUGGCUCUUUGAUCUAACUGUUGGUGAAAGGAGCUGUUCUGAACUACAUCUACUUCAACAAUCCCGAAUGUUGCGCCUACUUUAUCAUGACCUGUCUGUAUGAAUUAAGGAGUUGAGUCAACUACUCCAUCUCCCCCCCCCCCCGCACAUCUCCCCCCUUCACAUUGCAAGACCAACCUUGUAUUUUGGUGGGCAGAGCAUAGAAUGGGAACUGGAAUCAGUGCCAACUCCUUACUGUUUGGAAGCUACUUCAGCACAAUAUAGUGGGAGAGUAUUUAAUUAGCACUGAAACUGUGUGCAAGGGCAAGGCUGCCCUACGUCCGAGAUUACUGGGAUUUCAAAGGUGGAAUUCCCAAAAUGUGGCAUUUGUCUAAAGAAAGCUCAGCAACUUUGGGGGUGUCCUGGUUUUUACUUUUUGAAAUAUGGCAACUCUAUAGGUUGGCUGAGAGUUUCUUAUUUUAUUCUACACACAGAAAUAGAAAUGAGCAUAAUAUGAAGAUAGCUCUUUAGUAAAAACUUAUGUUAGCUUUGUAUCAUUUUUCCCCAUUUACAAUUACAGUGGUACCUCAGGUUAAGAACUUAAUUCGUUCUGGAGGUCCGUUCUAACCUGAAACUGUUCUUAACCUGAGGUACCACUUUAGCUAAUGGGGCCUCCCGCUGCUGCGCGAUUUCUGUUCUCAUCCUGAAGCAAAGUUCUUAACCCAAGGUACUAUUUCUGGGGUAGCGGAGUCUGUAACCUGAAGCGUCUGUAACCCAAGGUACCACUGUAUAAUUUUUGAAAGGAGUUUACCGACUUCCUCUUCUUGCUUAACAUAAUUAGUUUUCUGCUUCAUUGUAAAAACAGUUUACAUGGAACGGAAUACACUUUCAAAUUAUUCAUGAAUAGGUAAGAUGAACACAAAACAGGGAAUCAGGAUAAAUUAACAAAGAUAUCACACUGUAACACCUUCCCUCAACGAACCUUGGGAGCUGUAGUUUGAUGAAAACAGCCUGGCGUCAUCAGCAAACCUCGCUGCUUCACUGCUUACCCCUAACUCUAGGUCAUUUAUAAGCAAAUACAAAACGGCAGGUCCUAAUACUGAUCUUUGUCAGGAUUCCACUUCCUCCAUUCCUCUAUUGGGAGAACUGUCAUUUCAUUCCUACUUUCUGCUUCCUGUUCUUUAACCAUCUACAGAUCCAUAAAAGGACCCGCCCUCAUAUCCUGUGACAGCUAAGCUUACUUAGGAAUCUGAUGCAGAAUUUUAUUGCAGAUUUUUUGAGAUUCUAAGUACUGUAAACAGUGUUGACUGGAUCACCUCUCUAUGCUUGUUGACAAUCUCAAAAGAACUAAAAAAGUUUAGUGAAUAUGGAUGUAUCCUUGCAGAAAUCUUGCUCUUCUAUAAGCUUUGGUAAUGCUUUCCACACACGAACAGGUGUGGGAGGUGUCUGAUGUUAAUUCUUUGUUCUAAAGAUACGUUUUGUGUAAUAAAAACAACAACAAAAUAUGUUUAAAAAUAUAAUGCUUUCCCCCAGUUUUCCUAGAACUAGACAUUACACUAUCUGGCCUGUGAUUUUCCAGUUUCCCUUUGGAUCCCUUUUAAAAAACUGGUGUCAUAUUGGCCACUUUCCAGUCCUUGGGUGUGGAUGUACUAUGGGACAAAUUACAUAUUUUUGUUACAGGAUCAGACAUUUGAACACACUAUGGGUACCAACAAAGGAAUGCCACGGAAUUGGCAAAGCAAUUAAAAUGUUAGUUUUUGCUUCAACUUCAAAAUUAAAAUCAACCACUUUGAUAGUAAAAGCUUUUUAAAAAGGGAGAUUCCGACUAAACAACAGGAAUAACUUGCUGGCAGUAAGAGCUGUUUGGCAGUGAAACAGACUUCCAUGAGAGGUGGUAGACUUUCCUUCCUUGGAGGUUUAUAAGUUGGAGGGCCACCUGUCAUGUAUGAUCUAGCUGAGAUUCCUGCAUUGAAGUGGGUUGGACUAGAUGACCCUGGAGGUCCCUUCCAACUCUACAAUUCUAUGAUUCCAUGAUAUGUUUAUUGCAAAUGUAACUGUGAAAGCUAGAAAGCAUUCAGAUAAAAAUGGAUUCUAGACCUCUUGUUUGUACCUUGAUUUGCACUGUUUUGUUAACUCUCUUACCAGUUCCUAAACUAGAUUUUUUAAUUUUCAGAUGCUGGAGGAAACAGACAUUCAGUAAGUAUGCAUUUUAUUUCAGCCAUAAGAACUUGGGAGAUAAGAACUUGAUUGUCAAAGCAGAAGCCUAGAUUUCUGUUUUAAUAAAUGCUUUCUGUAUUUUGUUUAUUCUUACAAUGUAUACUUACAGUGUAUAUACUGAGCUGGUAAACCUAAUAUGAAUAAUAAGCAACUAGAGAGAGAUUCUGUAAAUUAUAGUUUUUUUAAUGUUUGAAAGAAUUUAAUUAUUGCUUUUUUAUUUAUUCCCUUUUUUAUUUUAUAUCUGCACCUUUCCCCAGUGCAGCCCAUAAUAUAAAUUAAAACAGAUACAACUAAAAACACAAAUGUAUGUAUGUAUGUAUGUAUGUAUGUAACCCACCCAUUAGCUUCAUCCAUUAACCCAUUAACCUUGAGUGUCUUUGGAGAAAUAGGUAGAGGAGGUAGGAUGAAAAUAAAUAAAUGCAAAUUGCAGGUAUGGUGGGUCUGAUCUGGUUUGGAAUCACAUUGCAGGGGGAUAAAAUCUUCCCUAUCUUCCACAUUAGUGUCCUGAUACAGAUUCUCCCUCAAAAACACAUACAACCCAAUUCUGGCAAUUGUGUAAAGAAACAAACCCUACACUUAAGGGCACAGAUAUGUAUAGCUAGCAUAUUGAUUAGCUUGGUCCCGAAGCAUUCUUAUUAUUUUAUUAAAUUUGUUCACAUUCCUUUAACAAGACUGAAUCAGGAAGUUCUUGCUGCUCCCUGAGAACAGCAACUUAUAGAUCUGGAGUGGGGUUAUUGGGUUGUUGUUUUUAUUUUGAUUAUAUAUUUUCUGGUUUUAUAUUUUGAUUUUGUUCUGUGAACCACCCUGAGACCUCUGGGUAUAGGGCAGCAUAUAAAUUCAAUAAAUAAUAAUAAAAACUAGAAGAGAAAAUGCCUCUGGCACACCAUGAGAGUUUGCAUACACAACGUAUAUAAGAUAUGCUUAUUUAUAUGAUAUGCUUAUUUUACAACAAAGACAGCCUUCUUUUCUAACAACACAGAACACAGAUGAACCGGUUGCCAUGUGGGUAGUCAGAAACAGAUUGCAUAUAUAUUUUAAAGACUUGUUUAGUGAUCUCUUACAGUGGUACUUGUGCUUUCCUUAGGUUGGAAACAUGGCAAUCACAACAUCGGAAGCAAUAUGACUGAGGGGGAUCUUUUUACUUCCCCCUAUCUCAUCUGGUGCAUGAUCACUGUUUAUAGAAACAAGCCAGGGGGGAAUUGAGCACAUGGUGCUGCCCAGACCAGGACCUCCUCAUUGUGUGCCUCUGCAUAUACUGCUUUUGGCUUGUGUUAUGUACUGAGCUGAAUAGGAUCCAAAAGGCAGCAGUCUGAUUGGUCCUAGAACAAUAGGAUACAGAAUGUAGCAGUCUGAUUGGUCCUAGAACAAUAGGAUUCAGAAUGCAGCAGUCUGAUUGGUCCUAGAACAAUAGGAUUCAGAAUGCAGCAGUCUGAUUGGUCCACAGGAGCCACCCAAUCCAGCUCCAGGUGGAAGUGAAUCUGCAACCUGAUUGCCCUAUAGGUGAAUCCCGGAAUUAGCCAAUCACAUGGGGCCCAUUGUGUAAAUAAUGUAUAUAAAGCAGACAUUCUGGGGGAACUUCCAUUCCUCCUCACCACUAUGAGCUGAAUAAAGAGCAUGAAAUCCACACUCAACUCCGAGUAUAUUUCAGCUUGCCUUUAUGAAUGCUCGAAGAGUGAUAUUUAGCAGUGGGAUGCUGUGAGCAUCUGUUUGAGUAGCAAACCAACAGCAGUAAGCUUUGGGUGUGGUCAGAAGACGGCACUGGAUUCACAAGGAAGUCUCCAAACGAAGCCUCACAGAUGUAGGAAGUCACGUCCUUUGCCUGGUUGCACUAUCACACGUGACCAUAAGCACACGUGAGUCAUAGCACAUUCAGGAUAUUCAAAUGCCCCAUAAUGAUGUGAGUAGGUCCUGACUCUGAAUCACAAUAGCAUCAGUUGCAUCACUCAGUGACACAAAAUGUGUGCAUGCAUGCACACGCACACAAAAAAUAUUCUUGUUAAUAGGUGUUCUUGUUAAUAGGCAUCCGAGUCCUCGUGAGAUUAGGAAGAAACUCUUUGUAUUCUUUAUAUCCGACUGGGACAGGACUGAAGGUCACAGAGUCUGUUAGAAUAUAAACAGACCUAUUUUAACAGAGGAACAGUAGUUACCUCAUCCCUGUUCAUUUCAGAUUAGCUUUAAUAUCUCUGUUGCCUUAGACUUGCAUUGUUUGUUGUUAAAGUGCUUCCAGGCGGGUAUUUGUGGGGUGGGAUCAGUGCUCCUCAUGCGUGCAAGUUUUUUGCAGGGUCCACGCAAUGUUGUUAAAUGUAUUUUCUUCCAUUUAAUUCUCUUUCGACUGAAGCACUCGGACUCUAAAGCAGCAUAUUUUUGGUCAACGUAAAAAGGUGGAAGAAUAAACAAGAGUAACUGAUGGUUACUAUCUAAAUGGCUUUGUAGGAGAAGAUAUGUAAUAGUUUGCCCCGAUCACUCCUUCUUUAAAAUAAGAAUAUGUCCAAGGCAUUGACCUCUAAAACUUUUAGAAUAGAAGCAACAAAAACUCACCAAAACAAUUCUGCCUUUGUACUGGCUUCUUAUAACCUCUUAGGCAUAUUCAAAGAUUCUGUUUUAAUUAUAAGACCUUAAACAGAUCUGAUAGAUAGAUAGAUAGAUAGAUAGAUAGAUAGAUAGAGAGAGAGAGUGUAUGUAAGGACAACAUCCUAUAUAUCUAUUGUCACCAUCACCAUAAGAAUAUAGUGCCAUUUUAGGCCAAAAGAGCUGAACUUGUUUGGUAAGAUUAUUUGGGGAUGAGAGGGGCACAGAUUUCCCCAAAAUGACAAAAGUGUCAACCAAAUUUUGGAAGGCCAGUUGAAUCUAGCUAGAUUUACAUCUGGUGUCACCACGUUUUGAGUUGGGCUGAAAAGUGCUUUUUGUUUCGAUGGGAAAGUUAAACAGACCCUUAAGCUCUCUCAUGUUGAAGACAAUGGAACUUAUUAGUGCUUAACUUGGCUGAGUCUUUAGGGUUGACAUAUUCCGAACCAGAGAACAGCCAUAUACUUUUACACACCCCACUGAGGCAGGGAUCGGGCUGCUGAACUUCUCCUACCGAUUCCCUCCCCAACCCACUCACCCACCCACCCACGCUGCCACCUUCUUACAGUGUGGCAUACCUGGAGAGGCUGUGCUUAAGCAGGGGAGGAUGGUGGGUGACUGUGCCAGGCAGGGAACAGGUAGGAGAAGAAAUUAUGACUGCCUUAUCUCCUUCAGCAGGGAUGCGGGUGGCGCUGUGGGUUAAACCACAGAGCCUAGGACUUGCUGAUCAGAAGGUCGGCGGUUCGAAUCCCCGCGACGGGGUGAGCUCCUGUUGCUCGGUCCCUGCUCUUGCCAACCUAGCAGUUUGAAAGCACGUCAAAGUGCAAGUAGAUAAAUAGGUACCGCUCCGGCGGGAAGGUAAACGGCGUUUCCGUGCGCUGCUGUGGUUCGCCAGAAGUGGCUUAGUCAUGCUGGCCACAUGACCCAGAAGCUGUACGCCAGCUCCCUCGGCCAAAAAAGCCAGAUGAGCGCCACAACCCCAGAGUCGGCCACGACUGGACCUAAUGGUCAGGGGUCUCUUUACCUUUUUAUCUCCUUCAGCAUUGCAAGAUUUCAAGGCAUGUGAAUGAUCUCCAGCUUUAAAUCCUGCAACCCUGCUGCUUUGGGUGAUGCCCUUGCUUUCUUCACCUCCUGUUUUCUGAAACGUAAGGGUUUACCUCAGCAAGUGUUUGUGCUCAAGAAACAAGGGCCAUAAGCUUCAUUUAUUUUAUUUAAGGCGGGGUGGUGGUGGUAGGAAAAUCAAGUGGCGCUUCUCACAAGCAAGGUGUUCCAGGACUGUUUCACCCGAUGCAGAUUGCAGACACACAAUGUAUUUCACUGUCUCCUCUCAGCAAAAACGUGCUGCAGAGAAUAAUGAUUGCCUCCAGUUCCCUACAGGAAACAUGUUUCCCCCCCAUCCUGAGAUGCACAGUAUACAUUUAAAGCACAUGAUGUACCCCAAAGAAUAUUGGAGACUAUAGCUUUUUAAAGGGGUCCUGGGAAUUGUAGCUCUGUGAGGAUGAAAUUACAGUUCCUAGGAUUCUUUGGAAGAAGUCAUGUGCUUGAAAUAUAUGUUGAAGGGCUGUGAUCAUAAAAACCACCAACAUAGUUUAUAGUACACCAGUCAGAGCUGGGGGGUUUUUGUCUGUUUUUUGCACUUUUCAAAUUAUAUCAAACUGCUUUGAAUUUAAAUUGGAUCAAUUCUUUCUUAUGUUUUAAUCGAUUAUAACAGAAGCUGUAAGAACCACUGCUUUGAACUUUUAAAACUGCAGGGAUAUAUGGAAUUACUUUAAUAUAUGCCCCUGCCUCCCAUAAUAAUCUCAUUGUUUGUCCUCAUGAAUCUUCUUCUAAUUGUUCUAAUUCAGAAUUAUAGAUGUCAUACAUUGCAUGUCAUGCAUGGGACUUGUUUGCAGAUGCUUCUACAGUGCUCCUUGCCCCUUAAUGAAUUCUGUCUCAAGCUAGUUUUGAAAGUAUCAUGGGCAAAUUUUGAAUUACUCUGAAAGGAACUGGGUGGGGGUUUCCUUCCUGGAAUCAGAGCUGGCAAUCUUUCUGUGUUAUUUAAUAGCUGCCACCAGUUUCUGAAAACAUAUGAAAAGGAAAUAUCUUAACAAUGAGCAACCACUUCUUCAAAUACUAAUUUGGUAUUGUGCUUGAUUUGCUUCAGCAAUGCAGCUUGACUUUAUCAACAUUUUCCCCUCCAUUACUUUGUCUCGUUGGUUUGCUUUAUUUGGCCUAAAGCAAUAUACAGCUAGAACAUACUUUCAGUGUUAAAUUACUAUAGAUUUAAAGGGUGCCAUAUUGGAAGAUGUUAUCUACUAUCUACCUCUUUGAACAGCUGUCCAUUUGGGACACCUUCUGCUGCCAUUGUGGUCAAAUGAACCCAAGCCACUUGAGAAAAUUCUGAAUUGCAGCAAAGAUGCUUUUCAAUAACUCAGCUACUCUAAGAAGGGGAUGUAAGUGUUUUCAUCAGUACCUAAGAAGAAACUACUUAUGAUGGAACAACAAAUUAUUGUGCUGAAGGCAUCCAUUUUAAAUUCCAGGGAAAACAUUACACUGUUGUUGUGGAGACACAAAGAGAGACAUAGUUAAAAACCGCAUAAAUACAUUAUUAUAGGUACACCUGGGUAUGUCUUUUGUGUGGAAAUGAGAAGUCCAUUUUGCUCAGAUAACCUUACUUUCAAGUACAUCUGUAUUUACGCGUCCAUUGGUACUUGUUGGCUGGGCAGAAAAGCUACCCCAAAUGCCUUGAGGGGAGUUGGUGCUGACCAAUUCAUGUUGCCCACCAUUGCAGAUGUGCAGUAAUUAUGCAGUAGGGAAGGAAGAACACAUGCUUGGAAAAAACCUCUUCUUUGUCAAAGGUCUUUAGAACAUAUUCCAGGCUCUAAUUCAGGGGUGGGGGACCUGCAAUCCUCCACAAGUUGUUAGAUUCCAACUCCCUUCAGCCCCAGCCAAUAAUCAUCAUCAUCAUUUUUAAUUUGUAUACCGCCUUUCUAUACUCAAGGCGGUUUACAAGCUGAAGAAACAAAAAAUGUACAUCUUAUAACAAUCUAAUGCAAUGCAAAAAUGUGAUAAUAAAACAUAACUUUAAAAUAGGCAUCCUACAUCAAAAUAGUAACAUUCAACAAACAAUUAGAAUAGUAUAAAAUAAUAAUAACAUAUAAAAGUUAAACAGAAAUCCACUCAACAGUUACAAUAAUAUCUAAACUAUAAUCAAUAAAACAACGGCAAGCCACAGUACAUAAAACAAUACAAUACACAUUGAGAAGCAGAGGGUAGAGCAAGGCAGGUGGAAGGAGGCCUUGCCUGAUGGAGUCUCUCCCCUCACAGUUCUUCCUCCAGGAACAGCUCCCUUAUGAGGACUCCUAGGGCCGGAGGGUGGGGCAAGGCAGGUGGAAGGAGGCCUUGCCUGAUGGAGUCUCUCCCCUCCGCAACGUGCAUAAUGCCAAUGUUCAUUGCAUAACUUUUCAAAAUUGAUUUUGCAUGUUUUUAAUUUUUAGCAAUCUAUUUAUUGGGUCCAGAGGAGUGUCCUAUUUUGAUGUGAUAUUUGAUCAACCUGUUGGAUUUGUGCUUACUGUGUUUUCUUCCCAUUGUUUGCAGCGAAUAGAAAGUUCUCCUGAUGAGACUUAGAAAAGCAGGCAACAGACACCUGUGGAAACAAGGAGGAGGACGAUCUACUAGUUCCCAACAUUCUGCAGCAUUUAGGUGCUCUCAGAAGUCACAUUUCGCUUGAGCUGUUGGUAACCCCCGUGGGGCAAACCUAGCAUCAUCUAUACAGUGUUACUGCUGUUCUGCCACUGCUACUGCUUCGCCUAGGGCUCACCCACACUUCCACUUGCCCCGCUGCUUCCUCCACGGAAACCUGCUUUUUUUUUUACAAACCUCAGUAGGGCUUUCCACAGAUUGACAUUUGCUUCAGUUUAGUGGUAAAGAGUGGGUUUUUUUCUGGGGAAAGCAGCAGGGCAAACGGAAAACCACUUGGACCUGUGCUUUGCAGCCAUCGGACAAGCAUGAGGAUGUGGGUGAGCCCAGAGUGAUGUACCCUCUCCCAAUGUUUGAGCUGUAUUUGUUUUUAAUGCCAUUCUAAUCAACAGAUGUGUGUGUACAUAUGGAGACUGUUUGCCCACCUCUCUUGUUUUCAGUCCUCCAAACCCUUAUGGAGAGAUGAUAUGCCUGCCAAAAUGUGAAGCUACAUCUGGUCACUUCCCUAUGAUCCCCGAAGACAGUGCAAGCCACUCUGGCAAUUGAUCUGUGGGCAUAAAUGCUGCUGCUAGCAAAACAUCAGAAUGGGUUAUUGUUUUUCUGGACAGGGGCUGUCUUACAAACAUGACACUCUUUCACACACAGGAAAAAUGUCCAGUGUGUUUAGUUGCAUCGACAUUUCAUGUCCUGUUUGCAUCAUCCAUGGAAUGCCUUGGUGCUCUGUGGCUAAGGUGGGUGGGUAGAAAACGAUUAUUAAACACCCAUUGUCUGCCCCCAGCGUUCACUUUCUGAAGGUGUACAAUAAAUAAAUCCUUAAAGGAUUUGCCCUUUUUAUAUAUAUAGAAGUGCUACUAUUAUAGCUGUCUGACAAAGCAGGUUUUUGCUUUUGAGACUCAACCUCAUCUACAGACCUGGGCAUGUGACAGUAGAACCAAAUAACUAUAUUUUAAGUUGAAUAUCUGUGCAAAGUUUCUGACUUUCCUAAAAGAGUAAUGCCAGUGUAACUGUGAGCUUCAGUUGUUCUUUGUCAAACAACUUCUUGCAUCGAGGGUUCUUUCAUAUGCUGCUUAACAGUUCACUGCAUAAAUUACUGUUCUUCCCAUGAGUCAGAUGACACAAAGCAGAGAUCACUGAUACAUUAUAGGACUGUGAAGACGUCAUAUUACUGUGACGUCAUAUUACGGGGCAGAGCAGGAGCAUACUUGCUGUAUCCACCCUCUGUGACAUUCAGCACACUGUCUAAAAGAGUCUCCACAUAUACAAACUGCACUUGCAUAUUCCUGCUUGCACAAAGGGUACACACAGACAGUUUGUACAUGCUUAGCUUUAUCAGAAGUUACAUUGAACAUAUGUUGGAAGCGGGGGCAUGAUCUCAUUUCCACCUCGCUAGCACAUUACAUCUACCCAAAGGGUUACAUCUGCAUAGUCCACUCUUUAGAUCCUUGGUUGGGAUUUGAAACAGACCUUGAUUUUACAUUUGCAGUGUUUUGCCAUUCCAUCCUCUCUUGAAUAUAUCUCUGGAAAUCUGGAAAUCAGAAAUGAUUCCUGGGUAUGGGAGGGGAAGCCAGGAUUCAAUAAUUCCAGUUCAAAAUGUCCCUCUCCUUUAUUUGUGAUAAAUUUUAAAAGACACUAAGAUGAUGAAAAUGUUGUACUUAUAUGUGGCACAUCUUUUAUAAUAGGGAUUUCAUUUAAAACAUGUAGUGUGGAUUGGCUCAGGACAACAGUAAGGAUUUCAUUUUAAAGUGAUUGCUAUGAUACAAAAAGCUGCAAUGCUUAUAGCCCAAUAAGUAGUCUCACUUUUUAUUGGACUUACUCCCAAGGCAGUAAUCCUAAAGCAGCCUUUAUGCUGGUGCAAGCUUCCAUUGAUUUUAGCAAAGCUUCUUCUGUCUGUCUACUGUGAUAUUUGUGCUGCUCAUAAAAGCAGGACGUAGACUCCAGCAGAAAGUGAUGUGUAAAUGCUCAAGCACAUAUAACACCAGUCAAUAAUUUAUUAAUGUAUUUAGCCACAAAAACCAUGAAGCUACAUAUAACAAAGAAGUGAAGAACACUAAUAUCAAUGAAACACGGCUUAAGUCAUGUUCCUUGUGUUAAAUGAUCUAUAGGCAGAUGUUGGGACUAAUCUUGUUACCUCUGUGGAUUGGUAUCUAUUUUUCAAGCAAGGUUUAUUACGAACCACAAAAAAAGAGUGAGCCACGCAGGUUCUUGCCAAUGCGAUAUAUUUUAAUUAAUCUCCCUUCAGUUGCUGCAUUGCACUUUUGAAGACUCGCCUUUUUAAAAGUUUAGCAGCGGCAGGCUCUUUGCAACACUUGGCAAAUGCGUUUAGGAGAACCUUGGCCGUGCUUCCCCAUUCAAAUGUUAUUACACUGAAUUUGAUGAGGUAUUUAAUUAAAGAAUUGACUCAAAUGUAA